AUGUGUUCCUCUCUGACCCCGGAAGUGAAGCCCUCUUGCCGUCGCUCAGGAGGAAAAAGAAGCAUGCAGGUCUCCAGCCUCAACGAGGUGAAGAUCUACAGCUUGAGCGCCGGACGGAGCCUGCCUGAGGUGAGAACACCGGAGCCCCGCCCGCCUGCCUGCCUCUCCCCCCCCCGUCGGUUCCCCCUCGCGCGCCUCCUUCAUCUACACACGAGCGAGCUCCUUCCCACGCACCCCGUGCCUUCCCUUCUCUCUCCCUUCUCUUCCUCCACCCCUUUUUCAGUUCCCGAUGGAUGCGCAGAAAGUACAUAGGUACCAACAGGGGUCUGUAGAUGAUCCCGAGCGACUGCUAAGCAUCUCUUGCUUUCUGCACCCUUUUAUUUUUUAUAUAUAAUUGUUAUUAGGUUUUUUUAAAACAUAUUUUCAACAGUAAUUAAACGUACUUUUACAUCUUAUUCAAAUUUUUGACUUCCAUCAAUACUGUCUGAAAAUUUCCCAAUCUAAUCUCUCAGUAUGCAUUUAUUAUCUUCCCUAUUACAUUUCAAACUCAUAGCCAAUAUCUCUAUCUUUUUCUACUUUGUAACACUUCGUAUAUUUCUCCUUACAAAACUUCUUGUAGUCCUACUAGCGUAAUUUCUUGAUUACAGUUGCUCUUCAAAUAAUUCAUAUACUUCUUCCAAUCUUCUGUAAAUCUCUGGUCCUGCAGGUUUCAAAUCCUUCCUGUCAUUUUGUCCAAUUCUGUUUUCUGCACCCUUUUAAAGAGGCACAAGUCACAUCCAUAACACCAAAUUUUAAAGCACGUGGGUUCCCCACCCCCUUCCUCCUCGCGAAAAGAAUCCUGCAAGGUUUUUUUUCCCUUAAUGUUGGACGGACAGUCAUUUAUUUUAUUUUAAACGGCUCCUUCCUGCAUUGGCUACUCAGUUUGCUGGGUCUGCUGGCUGCAAAAAAAUAAUAAUAAAAAUUCACAUUUGCCUAGUGUGCACAAGCUUCUAAGCUCGGAACAGUUGCUUGUUCGCCUGCUUUCAUCUUUCUGAGCAAAACAGCUGGGGAGCUUAAAGUUUCAUGACCAGUGGGAGUGUCUGUUUGUAGCUGGUUGCUAUACAUAUUUAUAUGUAUAGUGAAAUAUUAUAUUGUGGAAUUUUAGUGGUGUGCCUGGGUGCCUAGGUCAGUGGCUGUUCAGCAGUACAUCUGAAUGCUCAAUCUAAGACACAUUUCACAGAUCAUCAUCAUCGUUUGAUUUGCCAUGCCACCUUUCCGUAUUCAAAACCAUGCCCAUGAAAUGUGUCUUUGGGUCUCUGCUACAGCACAGUCAUCUUUGUUGUAAACAAAAUCUCUGCCCUUUUUCCCUUACGGGGUAUCCAAGAGCCCAUAUAGAGUCCUUAUGUAGGUUCCCUAUUGGUAGGAGAAAAUAACAGAGGCCAACUAGAGCAUAUUGAGAAGCAAAGCAGCUAGUAAGCUUGAUAUUUAUUGAUCUGCUGCAACAGGGUGCUCCCCUCACACAGGAAAGGAGGAGGAACCCAGAACAAUGGCGCGCAAGGCCUUUAUGACUUUUGAAAUUGCCACCCUGUAGAUCAAGACCACCCCCAGAAACAUCAUACAUACAUCACAGAAGGGGUGUAACCUAAGACCACCCCCCAGAUACAUCAUACCUACAUCACAGAAAAGGCGGUCUAAAACAGAAAUUUGAAUGUUUUUCCUGUUUGCCAGGUUAUCUGAUUGCCUUUCCUGAUUGCCUUCCCUGAUAGUCUGUCACCCAUUAUCUGAUUGCCUUUCUUGAUAGUCUGUCACCCAUUAAAAUGCUGAUUACUCAAUUCCUGAGUCAAUGGGAAGGCUCCCUGACCCCCCCCUUGCAGGGAAAACAUUUGGUCAGUUUGGGAAUCAAAAUGGUUUCAGGUCAGUCUUCCUGUGCUGAUCUAUGUACGUGCUUAGUUGGUACACUUAUGAACAUUACCAUAUAUCUAAGACCUCAAAAUUCCUAUCACAUCUUCAAAGUGAUUUUCUCUGUUUUAUAUUGAUUUAAUACUGGAACUUUUAACUACCCUGCUGCAUAAUUGUUUGUUUGCUUGCAUUUAUUGCAUUUUGUUUUUAACCUCAUAUGGACUGCUCUGGGAGCUCUUUGGCUGAACUUCCUUAAAUAUAUGUGAAAUAGGGCUUAUAGAGCAUAAUAGUUUGAUUAUCAAUCUUAUUUUGAAGGCUAUAUAGUACCAUCUCUGUUUUUAAUAAACAGAGUUUUUAAUAAUAUAGUAAUAAAUUUUAUUUAUAUCCCGCCCUCCCCAGCCAUAACCGGGCUAACAUCAAAAUAUAAAUACAUUAAAACAUAAAAUUCAGCAAUCGACUGAAAUACAGCUUAAGAUCGGAUCAAAAUCAAAUAAGAUUAGAAGGCAACCCGCAAAUUAUGACUAUGGGGGCUGGGAACUUUUGGACUCACCAGGCUCAGCUAUUUAUAUUUUUGCCCAUUUAACACUAACCCUCUAUGUUCUUUUCUUUUUCUUACAGUGGCUUUCUGAUAGAAAGAAGAGAGCACUGCAAAAGAAAGAUGUUGGUGAGUUACCCUCAUUGUACAAUGUAAAGGGCACUGCAAGAUUAGCUUGGGUGCCAUUUCUGUUUUCAAAGAGUCAUCUGAUGGUGCUUAGCUGGAAGGGGGUUGCUUGGAUCUUACCUUAAAGCUGGAACAGUUUGUUUUAUGCUAAACUUUAAGCCAGGCAUGGGAAACUAGUGACACGCUGAAUGGUGCUGGACUACAGCUUUGAUUCUCUCCGACUAUUGCCUAUUCCGGCAUAAAUCAGGAAAAAGAAAACAUGGCAUCUCUUCUUGCCAUCUUCUCGGACUGAAAAGCAAAAGCAGUACAGAGUGGAAGUUCCGCUCACGCCAGCAAUCUGUGCUGGAAUGUAAACAGACAUGUGGCACGCAACAAUCCCAUGUCUGCAGCAAAAGGUGGAAUGGAAUCCCAACAGGAAGAUGGAGUCCAACAACAUUGGGACACCCCUUUCCCCCGUCCCUACAUUCAGCAUUUUUCCCCUUAAGUACUUUUGGCAGUACUUUUGAAAGUGAAAACUUUUUAUUGUGAUGUAUUGAUUAGGCAAUGUUUCAUAUAACUCUUUUAAUUUAAAGGUAUUUCUAGGAGAAUUGAACUUAUCCAAGAUUUUGACAUGCCUGCUGUUAGCACCAAGAUCAAGGUAUCACGGGAUGGGCAGUACGUGAUGGCAGCUGGUGAGUAUGCGAACAUUCAGGUUUUUUCAGUCUGCUGCUAGCUGUAACAGUGUGUCUGCACUGAGUUGUAAAGCACUAGUAACUCUCACAUUGGAUAUAUUAUGGUUGAGGAAGACUGGGCUCUGAGAUUGAAACUUCUGUUGGACAGCAAAGCUAGUAGCUGGCAAAGGAUAGCAUGGCAGGAAGCAUAUCUUUGUUUGAGGGCUUAAAAUUUCCUUUUGUAGUAUUAAAAUGGGACUUUGGGGACCUGCAAACAAUGAGUUAGAUUCAGAAAAGGUAUGUCUCAAUCCAAGCUCACCCCUCCCAGUGAUAAGGCUUUAUGGUGUUACUGCAGCAUCCACAGGCCCACUGUUCACAGCAGCAGAGGGUGUGGGGACAGGAUGAUCAGCCCCAAAUUGGGCCUAGUGCCAUCAUGUAAUGGUAGUGAGACUGCCUCAGGAUCCAACCACGUUUUGGGGUUUCUGCUGGCUCCUACUGACAGGAAUCCCAGCAGUGGGCUUCCUUUCAACAUGUUUGGCAGCUGGCAGGGGGCGAUCCCCUCCCAAACUCAGCAUAAGGCUGGGAGCUAUUGGAUUGUUUGGUUAGUUGCACUUAGAUGUCCUUCAGUUCAGUGGUACAAGUUAGUUAUGACUCAAUUUGGAUUGAUUACAAUUGGAACAAAGCACAGCUAACUGAGUCUGGACUCAAUAUCAUAUCUCACUUACCUUCUAGUCCCUUUUGCUCAUUUACAACACUCGCGUGUUGCAAUCACAUCCCUCCAGAGUAUCAUCUCUGCAUAGUUUAGAGCAGGGGUCAGGAAACUUUUUCAGCAGGGGGCCAGUCCACUGUCCCUCAGACCUUGUGGUGGGCCGGACUGUAUUUUAGAGGGGGGGAAAUGAACGAAUUCCUAUGCCCCACAAAUAACCCAGAGAUGCAUUUUAAAUAAAAGAACACAUUCUACACAUGUAAAAACACGCUGAUUCCUGGACCGUCCGUGGGCUGGAUUUAGAGGGCAAUUGGGCUAGAUCUAGCCCCCGGCCGUAGUUUGCCUACCCAUGGUUUAUUUUUAUUUUUUUUAAAUGAUAUUUAUUGAAAAAUUUUUAGAAUUACAAAAGAAAACAAGAUAGAAAAAGAGAAAGAAAAAACAAAGAAAAAACAAACCACAAUACAAAAACAAUACAAAUUAAUAAAAAUCAAAAUCAAAAAAUAGCACAACACGAUCAAAAGACAAAAAUAUACCACAAACAUUUAAAAACAAAUCCAUUAUUCUCAAAUCCUUAACUGUCAUUACCUUCUUUCUUUGACCUCCUCCUCCUCCCUUUUUUUGUAUCCUAGUUGUUAAUUGUCGCAGCAAAUCCUUUCCAUAUUUCAUAAUAUUCUGUCAUUACAUUACCUUAAUCUAUUUUAAUCUAAUCUUAUUAUAAAAAACCUUAAAACCUAAAACUUAAAUCUUAUUUUUACCAACUUCUCAUAACCAUAAUAUUCUUACAUAAUUCUUUAAGCAUUUUUGCUAAAGCCAAAUAAUUUCGUUCCAACAUUUUUCUAACAUUCAUCAGUUUUAUAAAACAAUCCUAAUAAUAAAAAGAAAUAAAAAAAAUCCAAUCUUCAUCCAGCGUCUCUUCCUCCUGGUCCCAGGUUUUGUCAGUCCUUUUAUCUCAUCAAUCUAGCGCAUUAACCUGGUAAUCUUAUAUCCGAGGCCCUUAAGUCCCUUCCAUGUCCCUUCCGUGGCUCUUCUUCAUAUUUAUAACUGUAUUUUCCUUUGUCUCCUGCUCCUUUCACUCGUGGGAACUCCAGCUUAGCAAUGUUUUUGACCCUUCUCGACAAAUCAGCCCCUUUUCCAUAGUCCACACUAAACUCCAUGUGGUAUUUAAGAACAUGUUUCAAAGUCUCUCCAAAAUUAAGAGCCCCCACAACCCCAAACAUCUCACGGCCCAUUGCCAGACUUGAAAAGUCCAAACAUCCCUGCAUAGGGGGGUCUGUCCAACCCCCCAUUUCCAAACCAACCCAAACUUUAUCUUUCCAAAUCUGGCUUUUUCCAAGUUCAUUUGUCAAAUCCAAAAGCUCAUGUUCCUGCUGGGCCACAGCUCCCUCCAUCUCUGGCGCCCAAGAUUCAGCAACAUCCUCUUCCCUCAUCUGUUCUGUCAGGGCACACUCCUGAUUUAAUUCCUGAGUGGGCUCCAUAUAAUUUCCCACUGCCUGUUCAAAAUUUUUGAUUGCAUCAGUCAUCAAGUCCGUCUUCUCAUGUAGCUGUUCCAGUAGGGCACUUGUUUUACAGAGAGCACACAGCAGAGCUUCUGAAUACAUUGACCUUCAAGGUCAGAAGUCUAUUCCCGCGAUCGUAAUCUGUAACAGCUGCAAGCUCCCCGAUUCAGAAUUAGUUACAGUUUCACAGGCUCCCUCUAGGGGAAAAGCUUCUAUUUGUUCUUUUCUUUUAAAGACAAAUCUAACAACAAAGUUUCUUUUUUCAGAUAUUUUGUCAAUAUUUGUUCCUUUAAAAUGCGAAGGGGAACAAUGGAAUCACUAUGUUUCUCUUCUUUUAGCUAUCUGUCAAAAACGUUUGUCUCUGGUCAAUGAGCUUCAAAAAACGUCAGUCCUGACACCCCGCUCCAGGAUCAAGACGGUGGAAAGUUACUUUACUUUACACUCACUUCUGCAGGUUUAAACAGUUCAGAAAAAAUCCCCCCUCUUCUCCUGCUUCCGAAGGGGGUUCAGCAAUCUUAAAUGAUGAAAGUUAGUCCUUUACAAGUGAUUUUCUGAGCUCUAGUUUGCCAUGUCUUUGCUUUAAUCUAUCUACAAAAAAACGGAAGGCUGACUUCCUGUUUAGGCCUUCCCGUUUCAGUGCCAAAUUGAAAUAAACUUUUAAGUCCAAUUUUCCUUUCUGCACGCAAGUCCUUAUUUAGAGUCCAAUUGUCCGAAAUUUAAGUACUCACGGGUGAUUGUUUUAGAAGCCAAAUUGUCCCAGGAAAAAGGCAGCGCUCUCUGGCAACGGCUGUGCGGCUUCGCUCCACGGAAGAAGCAGUUGACUCUCAGCACCGCGCCACUUCUCCCUCUUCGCUCCGGAGCCCAUUAGUGGGUUCCUUUGUGGGUUGGGGGGGCGCUAAAGGUGCCCGCCGAGUCCCAUGGUCACAGGCUUCAUCCGCCUGUGAUUUUUGAAAGGGUCCCCGCUUCGCCGUAGCGGGAAAGACCCAUUUCCCGUGGAGCUAGUCCCUCCAGAUCAGAGGGAAUCCACCAUUACCGAUGGCGCCACCCCGGAAGUCUGCCUACCCAUGGUUUAGGCAGGGGUGCCCAAACUUUUUUCAAAGAGGGCCAGAUUUGAUGUAGUGAACAUGCGUGAGGGCCAACCGAAGUUGUUGAGCUUUUUGGGGGAUUUUACCCCAGGAAAUAAACUGCUACAGGGGCUGGAUUAAACCAACCGGCAGGCCAGAUUAGGCCCCUGAAACAGACUUUAGACAUGCCUGGUUUAGAGAGUCUUCCAUGAAUCCAAGAGUGAAGGUUUUCAGUGGGUAACCUCUGCUUGUAGAGGCAGUGAAAUAGUGCUUAUAGAGGAUCUCCCUGCUCCCUGCUCAAUCAGGAUCCUAAAAAUAACACACUGAAGGGAGCAGGGUUUGGCUGUGUACUGCUCCUCCCAAACUGCUGAAUGUUACCUCUGCUGCUCCAGUCUGUUACACAUGCCAGCAUCCAUCUACAUAGAGGUUUUCUCAUUCAGCUAGCUAACUAGGUAUCUAUAUCUAAGCUUGGUUCGAUGUGCUUUUUUUUGCCUUGAUCUUUGGGGUUUUAUUCCGACUGUAUUCCCCCCCCCCCCCCGCAGCCCUUUAUUGGAAGGGUACCCCAUAGCAACCUUGUCAGUGUGGCCCAUUCUUGCAUACUUGAUUCCUAUAAUUUUCAAAAGAAUGUAAGGGAAUUUACCUGUCCGUUCUGUAGAAUUCCAUAGAGAUAUAAUACCAGUUUUGAAAUAAGACUCUGCAAGGGUUAGUAUUUGAUUGCUAUUAAUGUGCUAUUUUGUCCAGUUAAUAGGAAUCUUGUUUUUUAAUGGACUGGGUCAUGUUAAAAAUUAAGUUAGGUGGAAUUCCUGUGAGUUCAGCAGCAUAAGGCAUUUUGAAUUUGUUUAUUUCUAUAUAAAUCAUUACAAUUAUUUAUAUACAAACAUUUUUUAAAAAAAUUAAAUUGUGCCACAAUCCUAAAAAUAAGUUAUAUUGGUUGAUUGGUGUUAUUGUCGCGAAGGAACAAAAAAACACACUUAUAGGGGCAGAGUUGCAGCUCUUUUUUUAAAAAAAAAUGAUAUUUAUUAAAAUUUUAGAAAAGAGAGUUACAUAAAAACAAGAAAAGCAAAAACAAAAGACAGAAAUAAAAAUACAAGAAAAAUACAGAAUAAAAGAAUAAAAAAACACUUAAAAAAUAAAUCAAUCAAUCUUUCCAUGCCUUACAUUCAUAUCCUUGUUUCUCUGACCUCCUCAUACCUCCCUUUUUUGUAUUCCAAUUCAAUUAGUUAAUUCAGCAAUUUCUUUCCCUCUUUAUUUUCUCUUAAUCCUUUAACUUAAUAUACUAUAACUUUAAAUUUUCACCUGUUAUCAAUCCAUUUUUACAUACAGUGGUGCCCCGCAAGACGAAUGCCUCGCAAGACGGAAAACCCGCUAGACGAAAGGGUUUUCCGUUUUGGAGGUGCUUCGCAAAACGAAUUUCCUAUGUGCUUGCUUCGCAAGACGAAAAUGUCUUGCGAGUUCCUGCGGGGUUUUUUUUUCCUUUCCCCCCCCAGUUUUCCCACGCCGCUAAACCGCUUAUAAGCUGAUGGCUAAGCCGCUUAACAGCUGAUGCUAAGCCGCUAUCAGCUGAUCGUUAAGCCGCUUAUCAGCUUAUCGUUAAGCCGCUUAUCAGGUGAUCGUUGCCGCUUAUCAGCUUAUCGUUAAGCCGCUUAUCAGCUGAUCCACUAAGCCCGCUAAGCCGCUAAUACUGUAGCACUAAUCCGCUAAACCGCUAAUGGGCUUGCUUCGCAAGACGAAAAAACCCGCAAGACGAAGAGACUCGCGGAACGGAUUCUUUUCGUCUUGCGAGGCACCACUGUACACCUUUAUAGCAUUACUGCUUAAACCACCUAACUUCAUUCUAACAUCAUUCUAACAUUCAUUAAUUUUGCAAUAUUUCUGUAGAUAGUCUUUAAAUUUCUUCCAAUCUUCUUCCACCAACUCUUCUCCCUGGUCUCGGAUUCUGCUAGUCAUUUCCGCCAAUUCCAUGUAGUCCAUCACCUUCAUCUGCCAUUCUUCCAGAGUGGGUAGUUCUUGUGUCUUCCAAUACUUUACAAUAAGUAUUCUUGCUGCUGUUGUGGCAUACAUAAAGAAAGUUCUGUCCUUCUUUGGCACCAUUUGGCCGACCAUGCCCAGGAGAAAGGCCUCUGGUUUCUUCAAGAAGGUAUAUUUAAAUACCCUUUUCAUUUCAUUAUAAAUCAUCUCCCAGAAAGCCUUAAUCCUUGGGCACGUCCACCAAAGGUGAAAGAAUGUACCUUCAGUUUCUUUGCAUUUCCAACAUUUAUUAUCGGGCAAAUGAUAGAUUUUUGCAAGCUUGACUGGUGUCAUGUACCACCUGUAAAUCAUUUUCAUAAUAUUCUCUCUUAAGGCAUUACAUGCCGUAAACUUCAUACCUGUGGUCCAUAACUGUUCCCAGUCAGCCAUCAUUAUAUUAUGUCCAACAUCUUGUGCCCAUUUAAUCAUAGCAGAUUUCACCAUUUCAUCCUGAGUAUUCCAUUUCAACAGCAAGUUAUACAUCUUUGACAAAAUCUUAGUUUUGGGUUCUAACAGUUCUGUUUCUAAUUUUGAUUUUUCCACCUGGAAGCCAAUUUUCUUAUCCAAAUUAUAUGCCUCCAUUAUCUGAUAAUAAUGAAGCCAGUCUCGCACUUUGUUUUUAAUUUCUCAAAACUCUGCAGUUUCAAUCUAUCUCCAUCUUGUUCCAAAAUUUCCCAAUAUUUCGGCCAUUUGGCCUCCAUAUUGAGCUUUUUCAGAGCCUUCGCUUCCAUCGGUGACAGCCAUCUUGGAGUUUUAUUUUCAAGUAGAUCCUUAUAUCUUAUCCAAACAUUAAACAAUGCUUUCCUGACAAUAUGGUUUUUAAGAGUUGCAGCUCUUUUUGAACAACCAUUCAUGUCCAGGUCAGAAACUUUUUCAAGACCCGAAUCAUAUUUUCUCUGUGAGACAAAUCAAUUCAAGAGUAUUAAAACAAAUUUUCUCACAUGUCAAAAACACUAUUUUAUUUUGUGUUUUGAACAGGGACGUACAAACCAAGGAUUCGAUGUUACGAUACUUACCAGUUAUCGAUGAAAUUUGAAAGAUGCAUAGACGCUGAUGGUAAGUAAACCCUAAUUAUGAUGGAAACUAAUAUACAAAACAUAUUAACAGGGCAGUAGAAAACAGUGCAAUCCUAUGCAUCUUUAUUAGGAGGGAAAUCCCACUUCGUACAAUGUUAUAAUAUUUAUUGAGCUAAGUUGCUUUGUGACUCUAAAAAAAAUAAAAAGCAACCAACAAACGAUAACUCAGUAGUAUUACAGCUGGACUUAUUCACAGAUAAGUGUGUGUAUCGUUCUUCUACAACCUGAUGCCCUCCAGAUCUUUUUGAUUACAGUUCCCACCAUCCUUAGCCAUUGACCAUGCUUACUGAGACUGAUGGGAUUUGUAGUCCAAAAGGGCUGGAAGGCACCAGGCGGGAGAAGACUGAUGUACAGAAUUGCUUGCUAAGUGACUAGAUCCUGUGUUGCUACUUGCCCCAAUUGUGCUUUCCAUGUAGAUCAGAGUGGGGUUUAUUUUGAGUAGCGCACGUGCCAUUUGCCUUUCUUUGGAAAGUAUGUUAGUAUACACAUGAAUGCAAAAAGUUAUACAUUAGUAUAUAUAUAAAGAAAUUUGAGAGUGUAUUGGAGGUUGUAUUUUUGUGAAAUCGAGAUAAUGAUCAGUCCUUGGCAGGAUAUUGUGCUACUAUAUUGGCUUGUGUUUGUUGCUUACCUGGAGCAAGUAGCAUGGAUGGUGGUAAGCUAUGGUGCCUGCCAAGAGUACACUGUCACAUGUUUAGUGUUGCUUGAAAUGGGAGCCAGCGGCAGCUGCCAUCAUGUUAAUUCAUGCAUGUGGCUCUGCUUCCUUCUGUUGGAACUUGCGCUACGACCGAGCUGGAAAAGCUCAUCCUCCAGUCGAGUCUUCCAGAAUCACCUCUGAUGAUGAUGAUUAACGACCUGAGCCUUUGAUAAGGCUCCAAGCAAGUUCCCUCAUUACGCAGAGUAUCCAGCAGCAGGGAAGGACGAGAAAUAUGAGCUACAAUGUAAAGAGUUUUAUUUCUAGUUACGCAGUCAGAAAAGAAACAUCCUCUCUCUGUGAGAGCAGAGAGCAACUGGAAAAGAAACAGGAAACCAGUAACAUCACAUCCGUCUCCCGUAUUCCGUGAGGCUUCCAACAGUCUGGAAUGCCUGGAAUGCAAAACAGAGUCUUGUGACUCCAAGCACUGCACAGUGGCAACACACAGAAACCUAACAUCCUCCCCCUUUCUGUGAGCACCACUGGGCAGUGUAUGAUGUACAAUCUCAGUACAAACCCAAUUUCUGUACAUAGGUACAGUCUUGAUCCCUUUGAACAACCUUGGACAAUAAAUCAGCAGGAAUUUCAUUACCUGGCAUGUAGGACACCGUUACGAGUCCUUUCUGAACACAUUCCCUAGCAUGUUGCAGCUUCAAUUGCAAGUGCUUUGUGCUUUGCUUACACCCUUCAGAAGUCAGCAAAGCCAAACAUGCUUUGUUGUCCUGAUAAACCUGGACAGUGGCAACACACAGAAACCUAACACCUUCCUGGCUAUUAACAGGGAUGGGGAAUCUGUAGCCAUUCAGAUGUUUUUGGACUCCCAUCAGCCCUGGCUAGCAUGGUUGAUAGCCAGGGAUACAACAUCUGGAAGGUCAUCCCUUAUUUGUAUGCUACUGAUUCUGUAAGGCAAAUAGAAGUUAGCCAUGGAGGUUGCAAUAGCUCGCCAACACUUCCCUUGGACCUUUGAACCCCAAAAUGAGUAACAGUGGAAAACCUUCCUCCUAUGGCAGGAGGAUGGACUUAAUAAUUGGUCAGUGUCCCCUUCAGUGGGCUCUCAGAUCCCAGUGAGAUGGUGGCAUGGACAGAAACAGCACUAAGGUGGCUGUUCUCGCAGCAGACUGCAAACAGAGCAUUGCUAAUGGUUUUGCUUGUUUCAAUACACACUCUGCUUUGGUUUUAAGGGAAGAAGGGAGACAGACAGACAGGAGCAUUGUGCGAUGAAAAUUGAGGUUGUGCGGUUUAUAUAAGAGUUUCUUAGUGACUCCUAUUUAUAAUUGUUUUUCAUCUCCACAGUCAUUACGUUUGAUAUUUUGUCAGAUGAUUACUCAAAGGUACGUCUCCUUUUAAUGUUUAUAUCAUGUAGGAAGCUUUAGAAGAAUUUGCAUUUCAAAAUGUUUAAAAGGAUCCAUCUGCUGUAGUGUGCAAUUACCCGCCGUUUCCUUGAGCAACAGAAACCUGAAGGAAAAUUGCUCUUUAUCCUCUGCUGACAUUCUUUUGAAUGUCUUGUUUGUUUGUUGAAAAGCUGGAAUUAGCUGGUUUUUAAAAAAAAAAACACCCCAAAAAUUAUCCUCCAUAGUGUGGUACAUUUUUUUUAAAAUAAAAAGUACUCAAGUAGCACUAAAACAUUCUUACCAAUGUGUAAGUUAUAUCUCUCCUGAUGUGUCAUUGAUCACAUGAAACAGACUUCACAUAGUUGCUAAAUUAGUAUCAUGGAUGAUCAAUCUGCCAUUAUUUUGUUUACACCAGUCAAAUGUAUCCAAAGUUGCACUUCCAUGGACUGAAAAAAACUUCCCUAAACAGGGCUGCCUUCAGAUAUCUUCUAAAAGCCAGCUAGUUGUUUAAUUCCUUGACAUCUGAAGGGAGGGUGUUCCACAGGGAGGGUGCCACUACUGAGAAGUCUGGUGGAGGGAGCUUUGGAGAAAAUAGCCUCACUUCUCACUUCUGCCUCAGAAAGCAUCUAGUUUGAGGCGUGGGAGCCUCCUCUAGAAUGGACACAUUUGCAGAACAGCAGUUCCAGAUCUGAGCCCACUUGAUUAUGCCUCUAGGAAAAUAAUCAUUCCCCACUUUUAAAGGUUAAGCAAGGCAGGAGAGUUACUCCUCUCCAGAUCUCAAUCCUGUGCUCUAUAUUUUUCAGAUAGUCUUUCUGCUGUGUGACAGAUACGUAGAAUUUCAUUCCCAACAUGGCCGUUACUACAGGACAAGAAUACCAAAGUUUGGUAGAGAUUUCUCAUAUCAUUAUCCAUCAUGUGACUUAUACUUCGUAGGAGCAAGGUAUUUAAGAUGCGCUGAUUCCUUCCUUAACUGUGCAUACAUGUUUAUUUAGUGUUUAUGAUGAAUAUCCUACAAAAGCAGAUUUACUAAACAUUCAUAAAUAUAUUGGGAGAGAACUCUGAAUGAGUAGUUCACAAAACAAAUGAGUUUUGUUGGAAAUAUUUUGUAGGAAGUGGUUAAGCUGAAUUGUUGAGAAACUCUGUUAAAAAGCAAUUGAGUUCUGAAAAAUAUGUGGGCCAUUUCAAUUUUAUUGUAAUUUAGUGAUGGUUUUAAGUUUAUUUUAGGAAUUUUAAGGCAUUUGAAAAGCAUUUAAUUGCAUGAAACCAAAAACCCGUUGAAAAAGCCUGCAAACACCUUGUUCUGCCCCACCCUUCUAGUAACGUUUCAAUGAUGUCUUUAUGACGUUCCCAGGUCACUUCCAGGUUUGGCACAUUUGUGCCUAAAAUGGGUGUUGCCUGUACACUAAAUGAAAAUAGGGAGAAGGAGAGGUUGGAAUUGAUUACUUGCUGCUGCAAUGUAAGAAAAGAGUAGAUUUAUUUAUGACUUGGGCAUAUUUAGACAUACAUACAUUUUAUGAAUGUUAAGAUAUACACUUAUUGUCACUUACUCUUAUCGAAAGGGAAGUGUGUAAGUACAGCUGUUGUUGUUGUUGCAGCUCUGAAAUAUACAGGCUAAAUCUGGAACAAGGAAGGUACCUGAAUUCCUUACAGACUGAUGCUUCGUAAGUAUCUUCAGUUCACUAGGUGCAUCUUAUUCCAGCAGGUGGAGCCACAGGAUAGAUUUUUUAAAAAAAUUGUCAUAAGAUCUGUAAUCUGAGUGUCACAAAUGCAUUGCAGACUGCACUUAUAAAUUGGGGGUGUUUGUUCUGUUUAUAUUUUAAUGUCUACUUUAAUUACUCUACUUUAAUAAGCAAAGGUUUUAAUAUUUCCAUUCAUUAAGUUGCUCAGUCGAGAAAAUACCUCAUUGGAUAUUUUGAAGUAUCUUAGAAGAAGAUGGCAAAUAGUUUUAAAUAGGUACAACAGAUAAACCAAUAGGCCUGCUAUCUGCGAUGAAUUGUUCCUUGUUUCAAAUUUGCAUAGCCGUUACUUAUGCUUUUAGUUAUACUUCUUAACAGAACCAAAAUAUAGUGAUUAAAAUAUAGCGAUUGAACAAAGAAACACUGCACGUAAAAUUACAUUUACUCUUCGUAGCCUUGUAGGUUUGGGUUGAUUUUAGAACAUUUCACAGAUGGUAUUAGCUUGCUUAUUUUAAUAUUUUAUCUCCCUGUCAGUCAUUAAAUUUCUUUUUCCUUCUCCUCUAGGGAGAAUCACGUCUGUGACAUAAAUCCUGCACAUGGUUUAUUUGCCACUGGCACGGUUGAGGUAAAUGUUUCACCUUACUAAGAAAUAUAGCACCAUUUUCUGUUUAAAAAACAAGAUCAUUGACACAGGACUGCAAUAUCCUAUAUACUAAUAGCAAAUUCAUUCUCUGUGUGGGGCUCAUUAUGAAGCCAAAAUAGCUCCUUCCCUGAAAAAGGAGGAGGUAACAUCAGGCUUGGAAGAACCCAAUCAACAUUGGAGUAGUUCAGAGAAUAUUUCAAGGCUGGGGACUCUAACAAGGGAGGAACUCCAAAAUAGAUUAACUUUUGGAGGGAAGAAAAUGGAAAACCUUGUGGCAGGAACAGUAAUGCAAUGGAGUGUUUGUUGUAGAAAAGGCAUGGCUGGCUGACAGCAAUACUACAUAGAAAGAUCUCACACUGCAACAUUUUGUUGUGCCAAUUUAUUACAGGAGGCAUUAAAAAAAAAAUACACCAAAAUGCAGCAGAAUAUAAGGUUGCAGUUCUUUUCUCAUUUGCUUGGGACUUACUUCUGAGUAGACAUGCACAGAUAUCUCUGUAGGUUUAGGGAAAACAAUCCUGCGUGCAAAAGACACAAGAUGUGUUGGGCAUCAUGACAUCUGGUAUGUCAACUGAAGAAGAGGAAUAGCUCUUUGGGAGGUCAAAACAGUGAGGCCCCGUUGAGGUGCUAUAUCACUAGAGUGCAGCGGAGUUGUUGUGACGAUGGGGACAAAAGACAGGGGAAUAAACCUUCUCUUGUUGAGUUGUGAUGCAGUUGCAUUGUGCACCAUUGACAAUGCUGCUUCAGCAGGCUCAGGCACGCUUUUGAGGAGUGGGCAUGGCAUCAUUGCAGGGUGGGACAAUGGUUUACUGCCAGUCUGUGUCCUUUGGUUUAACGUGGGCCCUGUUUAAAACGAGGCAAUAGUUGCCAUGCUUGCAAUGUUGUUUCUGCCAUGGAUACAUGGCAUUCAAGGGCACAUUCACCCCAUCUUCCCAAGGGUUAAAGUUUUCUUUUUCAAAGUGCUUAUUUACAUUGGGAGGGGGGCGGGGAGAGCCUUCCAUCAGCGUCUUCUCUAAAGUGACAAAAAGGCAGAAAGCAAGUGGAUGGUUGUGGGGAGUUGCUGAGGCUGUGCUGGGAAUCUGUGUUUUCUAUGAGUCCCCAAUUUUUAACCUGGAUGGAGCCCAGCAGCAGACUCUGCCAGCUCUGGUAUGUAAUAGAGCUGGUUCACUUGCUGCAACAUGUGUCAUGUCUGUAGUCCCAGCUGUUGACUCACCCCAGCCCGCCCCAGCCCCGGGUUACAUAAGGAAUUGCUCAUUGCAAGUAUGUGAAGAUCAGAUCGUUUUUAAAUGCAACAAAAAAACCAGAAAGCAUAGGAAUCAAUCUUUCGAGGCUGAAUGCUAAAUAAGUGGCUUCAAUGAACGGCAGAUGAGUAAACUGAUGAAAGCAUGGUGAAUUGUUUGAAAGCACUAAAUGGUAUUUUCUUUGCUUUCCUCAGGGGAAGGUGGAAUGCUGGGACCCUAGAACAAGAAACAGAGUCGGGGUGCUGGAUUGCGCUUUAAGCAGUGUGACAGCUGAUAAGGAGUAUGGAAAAUAUAUUUAUCUUGCCUCUUAAGUAAAUUUUCUUAAGUAACUUUUUUUUUUAACAUGCUGCAGCUUCUCAGAAUUACGUACCAUCCUUUGGUUGGUGCUGGAGCCUUAAGCGUUAGUGAUUAUGGCAAUUAACUAGAAUGAGUUUUUUCUCAAAUUCUUUCAGGAUAGAUGGUCUGCCCUCUAUUUCGGCCCUGAAGUUUGAUGGAACAUUGAAUAUGGCUGUUGGAACAUCCACGGGGCAGGUAGCUAUGCUGUCAGCUUAGUUGCCAUGGGCUUUGUGCUACAUUUCUGUGCUGAGCAAAGGCUACAUUAAGUCAGAUUCUUAAAUGUCCCUGGUGGCAUUCACAUGUAAAUCAUAAAGAACGGUUUGCUCUGAACAUGGUUGAGAUCUUCUUUCUAGCAAGGGCCUUAGUGCUACAUCCAAACAAAGUUUUGUGGCUUGUUUCACUCCAAACAAUCCGCGAGGUUAAGCCAAAGUUUAUCUGGGUGAAAUGAACCACAAAAUCUUGUUUGAACAUAAUGCUAAGCCGGGUAUUGUGGUUUGUUGCUGCUGCUGGCUAGAGGGUAAAAGUAAAGCAAGAGCAGUUGAAUGUGUUCAUCGUAAACCAUUAACCAUGGUUUACCAUUAUGUGCAAACUGGGCUGGUGUGCAAGGCUGUGUCCAGGUCUUCUAUUGGCAUAUGAAUUGUGGGCCAUACGUUCUGUGGAAUGUGUCAAAUCGAUCUUGAGCUGCAUGUGCAUGUGAUCAAAGUGGGAGACACUCUGUGAUGGGGGACCCUGUUGAAAUUCCUCCUGCCUCAGCUUCCCAAGGAAGCUACAGUUCCAGUGCAACUCGUGCUCAUUUGUUUCAUGCUGUGCUUUUCUUUAGGGCAGGUAUAGGGAACCUGUGGCUCUCCAGAGAUUGCCAAACUACAACUUCCACUAGCUCUAGCAAGCAUGGCCAAUGAGCAGGGAUGAUGGGACUUGUGGUUCAGUAACAUCUGGGGAGUAGUAGGUUCCCAUACCAUGGAUUGCCCCAAAAAAGCUCAACAACUUUUUGGGCAAAUUCGUCAAAAAGGUGAACAACUUUAAAAUACUGAUUUCUUAAUUUUGGGCUCCCAAAAGUAGGAGUCGUGUUAUACAUGGAAAACUACAGCAAUUUGUUGCAUGCCCAGUUUGGUGAUGGUUUGCUCUCUAUGUGCUCUUGUUACAAAGGUUCCCCAUAUAGGGAACUGAUAGCAACAUUGUCUUGAUUUCUGUAUUGCAAGUUGCUUUGAGGCGUUUUUGUGGAAAUAAUGGAUCAGUGUUAAUAACAACAACAACUUAAUUAAUUAUUGCAGAGGAGGAUUCAUUUAUUUCUUCAAAUGUUUAAGAGUGAAUGAAAUAUAAAUGUUUUUUAUAUGGUAGUAAUAAUAAUAAUAAUUAUUAUUAUUAUUAUUAUUUUUAUUUAUACCCCACCCUCCCCAGUCAAGGCCGGGCUCAGGGCGGCUAACAAGCAAUAAUAAAAACAAGUUGAAUGAAUACAACUUAAAAACAAGAUUAAAAUACAACAUUAAAAUAUUGAAACAUUAAAAUAUGGUAGCACAUUACUGCAAGGCCAGACAUAACUGGAUGAUUCUAAGAUUAGCUUGUUACAACCUGACCAAUUCCACACACACCUCUUCUUUUCAACCACCCGACAUACAAAUGGGGGAUUUGUAAAGCAUACAGUGGGAUGAGAAUUUGGCAGAUCUGGGGGUUCAACAGCUGCUGCCCUGCAGGCUGAAAAAUGCGAGUUAUGCUAAGUAAGUUUAAACAUGAGUUAUGCUUAAGAAAAGCUAAAAGUUGCGUUCUCACACAAGCCAAACUAUGGCUUAGUGUGAAUGUACUGGCUCCUGAAGAGGAGAUCACACCCAUUUUGCUCUGUCUUACCAUGAUGUGCAAACCAGGACAAAGCUUAACACUGCUUCUCUGCUCUGUUCAUCUAUAGAGAUCUUUUCUUUUUAUAGAUCUCAGUGUUUGAAGGCUCAUGCUUAAUUCUUACAGAAUAAACACAUCUCAUGAUUCUAUGAUGCUGUUAUUCGUUCCUCUUCAGAAAUACUGUGGAAAUCCUCUAUAUUUAUCUGAUAAUUAUUCACCUAUUGAAAACUUAACAUAAUUUUUAGACCUCUAAUAUCUUUUGAAUGUUGAACAUGUAAUCCAGUGACCUUUACUUGUUUCCAGGUUCUUUUUUAUGACCUCCGAUCAAGCAGCCCAUUAAUAGUGAAGGAUCACCAAUAUGGUCUGCCUAUCAAAUCAAUCCAGUUCCACAAUUCAUUAGAUUUAAUUAUUUCUGCUGAUUCAAGAAUCAUAAAGCUAUGGAACAAGGACACAGUAAGUCAAAUUCCUUUUGUCUUUCCUUUGAGUUUCUCCUUUGAUUUCCCAUUCCAUUAUAAUUUUUUUCUAAUAUUUCCAGAGGUAUCACUCCAAAAAAACUUGUGUCUCCCCUGGGAGAAGCCUUUGUGGGGCUGGGAGAAGGGUAGUCACUUUCCGCCAACCCCCUUCCAUGUGACUCUAAUCCAUAGACUGCAGCCCAGUGCAUGUUUGUAAGGAUGUGUUUAAUUGUGUGUUGGAAUGUGAACGUCAUGCAGUCCUAGGCAACAAGAAUCAAUAUAUUUUGUCUCUCCAAAUUGCACCUGCAAGAGUUCAAAGUGGCUUGUGGAAUGCCAAAUGAGGAGAUUUCUGGCUGCAAGGCAGAUGCAGUUGUUCUUCCUUGGCAGGUGAUGUGUUCCCACUGGCCUCUUCUUCUCUGAUGCUGGUUCCUUUAACUGUCUCUGGCUGGAAAUCUGUGGCGAAAAGAGGAAGGGUGUGUGGCAGAGAGGACCUACAGAGACUUGCCUGCAGCGGGGGAGCAUCCAGCUCUUUUGUUUUCCAAAAGCGUGGAGGUGGGGGAAGACCCUUCCUCCUGUUAAUUACCAAGGCGGAAGGCAGCAGAAGUGGGUGGGGUGGCAGAAAUUAAACAGGGAGGGAAAGGAAGCACCCAGGAGGGAGGUGAAGCUGUCAACCACACAAGGGGAAAAAAGGGAGGAGUGCAAAAGGAAACAAAAUGCUUUGUACCCUUUUAUCUGCUUAAUUAGCUGAAUCAUUGAAGAUUCAGCAUUGAACAGGUUUAGGCCAGAUCUCUCUCUUUCCCCUCCAAAUGAAUGGCCACUUUAAGUCUGUACUUCCUUGCCUCUACAGCCUAGCUGCUCUGCCCACCCCUGACUUUUUAUUUUCUUCAAAAAGUUUUAUUGAUUUUCACAAAAUUAAAAAACACACUAACAAAUAAACAGACAAACAUAAAUCAUAUCCUUAUUAAAACUAAUCUUCUUAACAUUGUUAAGUGACUUCCUCGUAUCCCCCUAGUUGAAUUUCAGUGGAUAUCAUUUUCACGGUUUUCCAAAUCAAAGUUCUUAAAAUCUUAACUUAAUCACUUAACAUCAGUCUUUCUUCCCAAUUCAGCAUUAUACAUAAUAAAUCCUCAUAUUACUUAUUUAUACCCUAAGCCAAGCUUUUUCCAAUUAUUCUAACUUGAUGUAUUUAACUAAGUAGUCAUUAAAUUUUGUCCAUUCUUCCUGAUACUCCUCCUCAUUCUGAUCAGGUCGGCUAGCUCCGAAAAGUCCAUCAUCUUCAUCUGCCAUCCUUCCACAGUUGGUAGUUCUUGCGUUUUCCAUUUCUUAGCUAGUAAUAUUCGAGCAGCAGUUGUGGCAUACAAAAAUAAUUUAACAUUUUUCUUGGGCAAUUCCAAACCUGUUAUUCCAAGGAGAAAGGCCUCUGGUUUCUUUACAAAUGUAUAUUUCAACAUUUUUUUCAAUUCAUUAUAAAUCUUUCCCCAGAAGUCUUUCACCUUGGGGCAAGUCCACCACAUGUGAUAAAAGGUUCCUUCUUUUUCUUUACAUUUCCAACAUAGGUUAUCACAGUUAUGAUAAAUCUUUGCUAGUUUGACCCCUGGACUUUGGUGUGGUUUUCCCUCUGCUCUAAUGAGGCUCAGCAUCGGCCUGAUGUCAUGUCUGAGCCAGGGAUAUGGGCCUUCCUGCUGCUGUCCCAGCAUGUGCCACUCACAGCAGGCAAGCAACAGCCAUGAUUCAGCUAAGGGAUGGAGAACCUACGGUCCUCCAGGUGUUGCUGCACUCCAAAAUCCCAUCAUCCCUGGCCGAUGGGAGUUGGGAGAACAACAGGAUCUCAAAGGCCACCAGUUCCCCAGCCCUGAUUUAGCAUUCAUUAUUUUAUUAUUUACCAAGUUUAUUAUUUACCCAAAGGAGUCUGUGGCAGCAAACAACAGGUGAUAAAACAAUAAAAAGGCCUUAAAAGGCAAUGCCAGUGCAUUUUGCUGGUACAUGGGAGAUCAUUGCUGCGGGUGGUGGAAGCGAGGUAAGGAGGAAACAAGAAGCAGAAGCCGUAAUGCCUAGAAGUGAAUGACUGGGUCAGGCAACAUGAUGCUAGCUUCAAAGCAGCCGCUCUCCUUCCUCCUUCUGCCCCCCUCCCCACUUGCGAAUCAGGGCUGGUUGUGACCAAACUUCUUUUCCUUUCUACGUGAGUCUUUUGGAGUGAUUUCCCCCCGGGAUACAUAUGUGGAAAAUGUUAUAGUGGAAUGGGAAAUCCACACACUUCCCAUGGAAGGGGGGGAAAUCCAUUACUUGUCCUUUCCUUAGCGGUCCAGCAAGGCCGUGUCCACACACGGCACGAAAAGCAUGAGGCCGAUUCCUAUCGCAGCAGGCAGGAAGUUUGUCCCACCUCAGCUAAAGAUUGCAUGUUUGCGAUUUGGAGGGGGGGAGGCUCCUCACUGGCACCUGUUAGAAGGAGGAGGCUACUGUAUGAGCCUUGCAGUCAUUUCUCUCACCAUUACACACAAGUUUCUUAAAUGUCCCAAUUUGCAACUCCAAUGCAAAUCCAGCCACCUAACAUGCACCAUCUGGGCCUUGUUUCAUUUCUCAAUGAAGGAGCUGAUUUCCAUUCUUUCUUUCACAUAUGCAACAACAUAAUCAGCCAAUUGCCUUCUUUUUAAUAUACAGGACCUGGCUGUCAGUGGAAGGCAAUUUUAUGCCAGUGGUGCAGUAUGUAUGGCUUGGAUGUCUGUGCUUAAACACACACACACAAAGCACAUAUCCUGGAAUUUUAAGAACAGCUUCAGUAAUUCAGUUCUUGAAUUACUUGCAACUGGAUCAUAUUUAUUGCGCCUCUUAAAGUGCAGGUAUACUGCAGGUCAUAAGCAUUUAUAAUGUCUCACUUUAUUUUUCAUCAGUCGUCUUUUAUAUAACAAAGAGCCUUCAUAGAACUCGGAUGUUUAGCGUUUCUGCCCAAAUGGCUAUAGCGGGAAAUUGCCUGAAGCGAUUUGGGUGGCCUCGCCCAAGUUUAUAUAAAAUAAAAUGGAGCCUGUUGCAGACUGCUGCAUCCUAACUGCAGAGCACUGGGCUAAAGAACUGCAUGUCUUAACAUUCAUUUUUGCCUUCUGAACGGAAAAGACUGUAGCCCACAUCUUGAAAGUGUUAGAGAGCAAAUAAGGAUGCUUAAGAGCAUGAGAGGAACCGUGUUGGAUCAGUCCAAAGCAGGCUUCCUCAAACUCUGCCCUCCAUAUGUUUUUGGCCUACAACUCCCAUGAUCCCUAGUUAGCAGGACCAGUGAUCAGGGAUGAUGGGAAUUGUAGUCUCAAAACAUUUGGAGGGCCGAGUUUGAGGAAGCCUGGUCCAAAGGCUCACAGUGACUCAUUCACUUUGGGAGGCUGAAAAGCAGGAAGUGAGCACAAUAGUUCUCUCAGUGUUCAUGAUCCUCAGCAACUAGCAUUCAAAGGGAUGCUACCUCUGAACACAGAUGGUAAUAUAACCAUCAUGGCUAGUAGCCAUUGUUAGCCAUACACUCCAUGAAAUUAUUAAUUGAUUUAUUUAUUGUAUUUUUAUUGGCUGCCUGAUAGUCUAGGUCUCCUAGCAGCUCAAAAAGAUAAAAUACAAUAUUAAAAAUAUCUCAAUUGCAGCAUAGGAAAAAAAACUUGCAGCAGUAGAGCCAAAUCGCCAAUACAUCUAAAUAUACACACACACACACACACACACACACACACACACACACACAAUCCGUGGGACUAGAAAAUCGGAUUUGUGAGAGCAGGGGUUUUUGAAGUCUCGGAGAGUAAAACAAUCUUCCAUUUGCUGCUGAAAAGACCAUAAAGAAGAUGGUAGCAGGCAUGAGAAGAGAAGACUCCCUGGGAAAGACCCUGAUGUUGGGAAAGAUGGAGGGCACAAGGAGAAGGGGAUGACAGAGGAUGAGAUGGUUGGACAGUGUUCUUGAAGCUACCAACAUGAGUUUGACCAAGCUGCGGGAGGCAGUGGAAGACAGGAGUGCCUGGUGUGCUCUGGUCCAUGGGGUCACGAAGAGUCGGACACGACUAAACAGCAACAACAAGCCUUUCUGAAGAGGCUAUUCUGUAGCUUGGGUGCUGCCACUGAAAAGGUCCUCUCUAAGAUCCAGCCAAAGCUUAAGCACUCAAGUCCUGCUGCUUUCACUGGAAGAAGUUUGAUACGCUUCACUCUCUCACUGAAAUUGAUGGGGCAUAAGAGUGUUUCUUUUAACAUCAUCUGCCCUGCAAUGAAGGUUUAUGCUUAUGACUGUAGUACACGUUUUGCAUUACAGGAAUUUGGGCUCUGGUCAUAUUGUGUUUUUAUAAUGGUGUUUAACAUUCAGGUGACCUCUUAGUGAGAACAUCAUGAAUGUACGAGUUGAAUAAUAUCAGUGUUUCGUCUCCCAUUUUGGAAGUGCAAGAAGGUGACUUAUAAUGAGCCAGAUCUUUGGUGCAUCUAGCUCAGUCUGUCUUGUCUGCACUGAUUAGCAGUGGCUCUCCAGGGUUUCAGGCAGGGAGGGAGUCUCUCUCAUCCCUACCUAGAGAUGCUGAAGAUGGAACCUGGGACCCUCUGCAUGCAGAGCAGAUAAACUCUACCACUGAAUUACUGUUCUUCCCCAAAUUCUCUCAAUUUCAGUGUAAAGCAAUGCAUGACGGCCAUGUUAUUCAGCAGGCAGCAAACUGCCACUAAUGCAACUGGUGCAAAAUGCAAGAAGGGCCUAUCAAACCUGUUCUCUUCUGCUCCUUUCCUCCCCCAGGGCCUCCCAGCACAGACAGACGGAUAGACACACACCUUCUCAUCUUUCCUCUUUUGUCCUCGUCUUCCUUCCUGUUCUACUUUUCUUUUUCUGGGACCCACUGAUGACACCUUAUUUGCAAAAGUUAUAACUGUCCAGAGCAGAGCUUUUCAAACUUUUCAUGUUGGCGGCACACUUUUUAGACAUGCAUCGUUUCGCGACAUGGUAAUUCAGUUUUACUAGCAAGCCAGAGGUUAAACUAACCUCUUUCCAGCCCCGGUGCAGGGAGCAUUCGCAUGAUACACUACACAGUGCAGCCAGCACACUAACGUGUCGCGACACACAGUUUGGAAAGCUCUGCUCUGGAGAGUUCCUCUUCUGCAGUUCAGUCCUUACCAUGCAGGAAAUAAAACUUUCACGUGAGCUGACCACUUUCACAAACAGUGAAUAUUAGCAGGUGAAAAUUAUGUAAGAUUACUUUGAGAAUGUCUUCAGUAAAGGCAGGCUAAAGUGAGAGUGAUUCAGACUGUUUAUAUUUGCUUGGUUGUUGAAACCUUGUUUUUUAAAGAGGGUGGGUCCUAUGUAUUUUUCAAUUGGAGUAAGCUGCCUUCAGAAUCUGUUUGGAUAGGCGAGACAAUUAAUUGACAUAGGAAAGCUGCCCAGUAUUGUCAACACUGAUUAGCAGCACCUCUCCAGUGUUAUAGGCAGGAGUCCUUUCCAGCCCAAAUGAAGAUGGCAGGAGUCGAACCUGGAGCUUUUUGCAUGCAAUGGAGAGGUUAUUAUAUUGCCUAACUGGCUCUUUCAAAAGAGCUGGGUUAAUCCUUUAUGUUGCUUAUUUUUCUGUUUCAGGGGAAGGUAUUCACUUCCUUGGAGCCUGAACAUGAUAUUAAUGAUGUUUGCAUAUAUCCUAAUUCAGGUAUGUGGAAAAUUCUUCACCAGGUAAUAGGUAACCAUGCUGGUCCAAACAUGAUUGCAUCUGGUAACUUUCCUACCUGGGUGUGGUUGAUUUUGGUCCUCUGUUGGGUUGCAAAUAAUCAGAAGGGGGACCUGCAACGUAAUAUUGCAGUAUGGAGGGCUUUUGUUCAGGAUUCCUGAAAUUAUUCGUUCCCCUUGUUUUCUGGCUCCCAGCCCCACCCCAAACAGUGUCUCCAGAGCCAGCACCAGACUUCAUGUGCCACUGAUGGGCCCCUCAUUCCAACAGCCAGGGCAAGGCUCUGUUGUUGCAUAGUGUGCAUGUGUGGCAACACUGCCUCUCCACAGGCUGUGUUCCACCCUUACCGGUUAACGUCGGCAAACCUCGGGAGUUUCUCCAGGCCAGCUGACACUGCCCCAUUGUGUUGGUUUGGCUACAUAAGGACCAGCCCUCAAGAGAACUGAGAGUGCUAUUAGUAUGUAUGGUUGCUCCUUGCAAGUUUUGAAAUAUGUCUAGGCCUGUUUGUGGAAUCCUAUACGAGACUAGGGGCUAGAUUCAACUGAGCCAGCAUGCUAGUGGAAGUCAGUACAAGGGCUCUUGCUAGUGCAAUGUGGCUUCACAUCCCACACUCCCAAAUUGACUGGCAGGUCUGGUGAACCCCCAAAACAGCAUGGUGGGGGGGUGGAGAGGAGGGAUCGUUCCAUCUGGCAAGCAGAAAUGCUUGUGAUGGAACAAGCAGAAUAGUGCCUGUCUAAAAAGGUUGUUCCUGUCGGAAUAAAUAUCUAUAUCCAAGAAACAGCAAGCAGUCAGUUGUGUCUCCAGUGUUUUAUCUUGCACACUUCAGCUCAUUCCUACAUUCCAAAUCCUUCGUUUCUCAUAAAAAUCAUAUCCUUGUCAAAACUGGAUGUUUCAUUCUUUCAUCCUCUGGCUUCAUGAAACACCUACAAGAUCUCAUUCCUCAGCAUAAUUUCAGGUGUCAGUAUUUUAGUAAUGAGAAGGUUAUUCAAACAAGUCUGAAAUACUUCUUCAUGUAAUCUGAUUAGUCUGCUCUGUGGUUUAAUAGGUGUGUCCCUCUUCCUGUAAACAGUGAUCAGGAUUAGCGUGUUUAAACAAAAGAGCUCUAGGAAUCUCUUUAAUUCAGAUUUCUCCCUAUCGUAUAUCUGCAUCCAGCCACUGCCCCAAAGAGUGCACACCUUCAGUCUGUGGGAAUAUUGCCUCCAUUAGGAAGUUGUUUUUCCUUUUCUUGACAGAACUAUUAGAAACUUUUGAAAUAAUUAUUAAACUGAAUCCUCCCUUUCACCUCCUCUUCACUGACUGCUGGGAAAAAAUUAUCAUUCAUUCCUGUGAGUAGAAGAUAAAAGAAAAUGGCUUGAUUUCAAAGGUGCUUUUCCACUCGUCGAAACCCUCUUCUCUUCACUCUUUUGACAUAGCAGAAGGGUGAAAAAAGUGACUCCAACUGCAGAGUUUAUUUGCUUACUAUCACUUAUUCAAACAACAGACCUCUAAAUAUGUUACAAAACACAAUCUGAAGUGUUCAUUAAAAAUACCAAUAAAAGCAAACAUUAAAAACAAGUUACAUUACGUUAAAGAAUAUAUAAAACAAGUAGUUUUAAAACAAUUAUACUUACUAAAAUCACAUGCCUGGGUAGAUUUCCUGAAACAAUUCAGAUGGGCACAUAUGGGUUCUUACAUAUGGUUGCCAUAUUUCAAAAAGUAAAAACCAGGACACCCCAAAAGUUAUAGAGGUUUUUUAAAGAAAAUCUGGAUGUAUGGUAGCCCUAUCUUACAUUUCUAUUUUAUUUAUUUAUUUCAUAAAAUUUAUAUAUGAAUUUCAUAAAAUUCAUAUAUAUAUGAAAAUUUAUUUCAUAAAAUUAUAUAUCCGUUCUUCAACAAGAGCUUUUAAGAGCUGACUAGAUUUCAUAUAAACCAUCUGGAGCUACUAAUAAUUAACUCUGCAACAGAAAAUUUGACCAUUUUCAUUCCUGCUCCCUUAAAAUCCAUGGUCAUUUUGCUACUGAUUUCAUGGGAGGACUACAUCUGUUGUUGCUUUCAAGGGAGAACAAAAAUUAACCCUCCAUUUUUCAGAUACUUGGAUGGUAUUGAGGACUGGUCUGGAAAGGUGACUUUCUGAAUAAAAUAAAAUGGCAUUUGACUGGGUGAGGGUGUAUGUGGUAAGAGAAGAAGAGGAAACAGGAACAGCUCUGGGCACUCAAAAGAGUGGAGCUUUUACUGAGCCAGAGCUGGUAUGUCCAUAGUGCUCUCCAAUUUCUUUUUAGUAAUAGCUUUGGGAUUCAUGUUCUCACCAAGUGUGUUCAGUUCAAAUUUCUGAAAGUUAAAAAUGGGAGGGGAUGUCGUCUUUUACAAGAUUCUCUUAUAAUCUUUAGGAAUGCUGUUCACGGCCAAUGAAGCCCCCAAAAUGAGCAUCUACUACAUACCAGUAAGUAAAGCAAAAAAUUUCUCUGCUGUUAUGAUCUCUGGACACCAUGAAAUAGCCCUGUGCUUUGUUUUCUAUUGUAAUACAGUUCUGUAUUUGUACUGUACAGUACAUUUUAACAUGUAUGUUUGAGUCUGUGGUGUAAACUUGCUACUGAAAAGUAUAUUCCAGAAAUUUAUCAUGGAUACAUUUCACUCUCACCCUGUUGUAAUAAUGCAACUAUAUUGGUUUUAAAAGAGUAGAAUUGUUUUGAACUAACCUUGAAGCUUUUCUCUUACUCAUUACAAUUUAGUUUUGAAUUAGCAGAACUGGAAAAAACUACUGAGAGAGAAAGUAUCAGUUUUCUGUUAAAAUGAAGCACAUCUAAAACCUGCAUAAAUAUUACUUCUGGGAUCAAGCCAGUCACUUUUUAAUCAUAGUUUAUUGAAACACACAGCUCACAAAUUAAAAACAAGAAAAUGAAAAUAUCGUUAAAACAACGAUAAUGCAACCACCAGUAUACAGAAUUAAAAGAAAGAAGCUCAUGAAAGAGUAAUUAAUUAAUGAGCCUUACAAUAAAGGUCAGUUUAUUACUGAGCCUUACAAUAAAGACUUUCUUCAAAAGCUUCAAAUAUCUGUGUUCAGAUGACAUGGUAAACCAUGGAUAACCCUUCUCCUCUGGUGUGCCACAAGACAUUAAGGAGGUUAAAUGUCCAUAUAUAGUUGCAAUUUGUUGCUUCCUCUGAAGCCAUAAAACUCUGGUUAAUCUUAAUUAUGAUUUGUUAGAAACCAGCCAGCUUCAAAUGACUGAUUACGAAACUGGAUUGUUUCAACAAACCAUAAUCGAGAUUAUAACCACAGCUUAAGGUUUUAAUAUAAAACUAAGAUGUAUUUAAUCAAAAACGGUCACAGAAGCUUCCAUUCUCCUCCCAACCAUGCCUGAGAGGGGACAGCAGGUGAGCCCAAGGUUCGCUAUGGCUAACUCCCAUCAAGAUAAAAUGGGCAUAGUAUGGUGUUCAAAUGCAGCCAGUGUGAGGAGCAAGCAUGACAAAAUGGCCGUUUUUGGAAGGGAGUUUCGGAAUUUGAGCAUCAGUCAAAAAGGCCUGUCUCAGAUCCCCCACCUGCUGCAUUUCAUAUGGGAUGCAGGAGGUGGUUCUUGAGAAACACUAAUCCCAGAAGGCUUGAGGCAGCCUUCCCUCAACUUGGUGCCCUCCAGAUGUUUUGAACUACAACUCCCAUCAUCCAUUGCACUGGCCAGGCUGCAAGUUUUCCCAUUCCACAAUACAAACUGGUGUUGAAAGCCACCCUAGUUUCAAAAGUGGUUUGUGACGUGGCAUAAAUUGGGAGUCUUGUUUGAGAAGCAGAAGGCCAAAGCGUGGUUGAGGGCAUGCAAUUGUGGCCAGGUAAUAUUUUAAAGCAUAGGUUUUUUGCCUUAAUGAAAUAUGCCAGAGGAGAGGAGGAAAAAUAAAAUAAAGACCACGUUCAGUUUUGGUUUCACAGAGUAAGUGCAAAUUGGCAUGUGCAGAAAGGGAAGAAGGUGCUGUUUUAUUUCCAGUUCACAUUAACGUAAAUGGUUAAUGACUUGGGUUUGGGUUUUUUUUUUUACUUUGCUGAACUUCGAUAGAACUUGAAAGCAUAUCAUAGAAUUUAGUGCAGCCAAUCACAGCCUCCCUUUAGGAUUAUGAGGAAGAGGAGUGCGGUGAAAUCCCCCAAAUUCCACAAGAUAGGUUUGCAUUUAUUUUGCCUGCAGCCGUACUUGCAUUUCUUGGCUUUCCUAGGUUUGUAACUUAAUCCAGUCUUCCACCUCCUACACCAGAUACAAAAAACCCCAAAACUUUGAUUUAUGCACCCCGGCUAGAAAGUGCAAAAGUAUAAAGGUGCUUACUUGUGGAUUCAAGUUGCAGAAAGCUCCACUUUAAUUUGCAUAGCUGAAAGGUUUUCCCUUGAAUUGCGCGAUUUCCGCCAUGCCCAUGUAGUGCCUUACAAUGAUUUAAGAUCACAGUUAUAUAAAUUAAAAGGGAGAAACCGCAGACAAACUAAUACAAAUUAGUUGCAUGUUUUGUCAACUUGUUUCUUGGACUUCAUUCCGGGGCACAACAUGGGGAAGUAAUGAUCUGAAAAUUAGAGAACAACUCUGGUUGGUGUUGUGUUAUGUUGGCUGUGGAAACCUGAAUUGUUUUCCAUAAACAGGAUGCUGGAAAAUGGCUGAAAUCAGCCUUCCAGAAGGUGUGGCAGGGGCUGCCAACCUGUGGCCCUCGGGAUGUUGUUGGACUCCCAAUAUCCACCAGCUCUAUGCAGUAUGGCUAAUGGUCAUGAAUGAUCGGAAUUACAGCCCUGCAACUUCUGGAAAGAAUCUCUUGAGUAUUGCAAGAGCACUGAACUGCCAAAUGCCUUGAGUGAAGAUCACAUUAAGGAUGGGAAAGGCUAUGAUAGGGCAGUGAAAGAGAAUUGCAGGACAUUACAGUGGUACCUCGGGUUACAUACGCUUCAGGUUACAGACUCUGCUAACCUAGAAAUAUUACCUCAGGUUAAGAACUUUGCUUCAGGAUGAGAACAGAAAUCGUGCUCCGACAGCAGCGGGAGGCCCCAUUAGCUGAAGUGCUGCUUCAGGUUAAGAACAGUUUCAGGUUAAGUACGGACCACUGGAACGAAUUAAGUACUUAACCUGAGGUACCACUGUACUAUUUUAUUUUGUGCUUUUAAAAGAUCUAAGCUGAGAAGGACCAUGGUUGUUUUUAAAAUAAUUUGUUCAGGGGAAAAGUUGUAUCAGCCACUGAUGGCUUUGUUAAUAACUCUUCCUUCUUUUCACUUGAUGGAAAGCUUGAUAACAGUUAUUGUUUGGUUGUACUUUUUCUAUAGUGGUGAAGUACAAAACAGUCAAUAUUUAAAUUCUGUUUUCACAAGAUGUCUCUCUCCCCCCGCCCCGUUUAAAACCCUAGUCUUUCCACCCACAACUUAGAUGAAUUCUUGCAUAAACUAUUAAAGGAGGUACAGAUGUGGGAUUUAAUGGACGCGCCAUUUAAUGGGUGUAUCCUAAGGGCAUUUUCAUACAGAUUUUAAAAUAUCACGAACAUUGUAAAUUACGCUCAUACAAUAUUAGGUCUCUGUCUCUCUUCUGCAUCCGUGUCUGCAUAGAGUAAUACUGUAUGGAUUUCAAGUGAAAGGCUGUGGUUUUUCUGCUAGUAUUUUUAAGUGUAACCUGUUGGACGAUUGUUUUUCCUUCUCAAAACAGGAAGCAUGGGUUUCCUAUCUGUUUUCAGAUAAAUACUUUCAAUCUCAAAAGUAGCACGUUGGGCUUAUUCACAACAAAGGAAAUCCUCCACUUCCCAUCAAAACAGGUUGCCUCAAAGGAAAUGCGCGCGUGUGGGCAUAGGUGCGGAAACCAUCCAAUGUGUGACACUCGGGAAGUAAUUUUGUGGGGGCCAUCCGGUAGAAUCUCUUAACACAUUUGGAUGCUCCGUUGGGAAGUGUCUGUGCACCCGAUAAGCGGAUGUGAAGCACAGAUACUGCUGUUAGAAGUGAGGCACUGCAUUAGUGAAUAUGAUCCAGUUCAUAAAUGGCUGCUACAGUUUGGCUCAAGUAGAAAAACUCUGGCCUAGAUGACAGUAGAAAGCUCUACAGCAGGGAUGAGGAAACUCUAGCCCUCCAUAUGUUGUUGGACUCCAUCAGCCCCAGCCAGCAUGGACAGUAGUCAAGGAUGAUGGGAACCAUAGUCCAGCAUUUAAUCCGGAGGACCACAGGUUCCCCAUCCCUGCUCUAGAGUUUGGGAAGUAGAGGAAAUGGGUUGCUUAUGCCUGCAGAGUGUUAAAAACGCUACACUGCCUUACUUCCAAGGGAUGCCAAGCAGCCUCAUUCAGGGGCAGACCACAUACUGCCCAUGGGAUUCAUUUGUUCCACUUAAAUGUUUUAAAGUGAAAGGUCUUGUUCUGUUUACAAAGGUAUUGGAGAUUUGAGAUGCUUCCAAACUGGGCCUUUAAAGGUAAAGGUAGAGGGACCCCUGACCAUUAGGUCCAGUCGUGACCGACUCUGGGGUUUCGGCACUCAUCUCGCUUUAAUGGCCGAGGGAGCCGGCGUACAGCUUCCGGGUCAUGUGGCCAGCAGGAUUAAGCCGCUUCUGGCGAACCAGAGCAGUGCACGGAAAUGCUGUUUACCUUCCCGCUGGAGCGGUACCUAUUUAUCUACAUGCACUUUGAUGUGCUUUUGAACUGCUAGGUGGGCAGGAGCAGGGACGGAGCAACGGGAGCUCACCCCAUUGCGGGGAUUCGAACCGCCGACCUUCUGAUUGGCAAGUCCUAGGCUCUGGUUUAACCCACAGUGCCACCCGCGCCUUUACUGUGGAAUAACUAUACUUUUGUUUGCUCACCUUUUUUUAUGGGACAUCUGCAUAAGAUAAUAAACAAAACAUCCUUCUCUCAUCUCCACCCCGCCCCCGUUCCGGUUCUGCCCCCCACCCAAAGCUCAGCAAAACUGCCUUUUAAAAAAAAUCCAGUGCCAUUUCCCACAUGUAAAUGGCCUAUGGUCGGUAAUGGCCUGUAUAACUCUGGCAAGUUAUUUAUUCACAAUGAAUCCUAUUAUAUUCUGAGUAAACAUGUGAUAUUGCACUGCAUGGAUGUGAAUAACUUAAGACCCAAAUAAGCCAGUCUAGCAUGCCUGUGAAAUAUUGAGUUCUGGUGAGUCUGUAGAAGGUUUCGCCCUUUAGUCUUGGGUUGGGGAGCCAAUGUAUGGCUUGUAGCCUACUUCAGACCUACCAACUUGCAGGCAGGUUAUCAUGAAGAAGGGGAAGAAAGACCUUGGCAAGCUGGAUGUGGCCCAUAUGUACUCUUUUGAAACCUUUAUGUCUCAAUGCCUAUUAAGUGUUUGGACUGGGGGUGGGCAGGAAUCUUGUAAUGGGGACACUCAAGGGCUUCCAGAGGUGGUUAUUUAGGACAGCUGUAGAGAAGGGAAAUAAAAGAUGCCCGGCAAGAAGGAAAUGAGUGGAAAUUGUCUAUGGAAGACCUUUAUGUGUUGUUUAGAGUUCUAAGGAGCAAUUUACUUUGUCAGCUUCUGACAAAUUGUUAAUGCAUCCUCUUCCUUGGAGCAGCUUGCUCAGACGAUGAGCAAUGCAUCCAUAAUCCUUUAAAAGAAAAAGAAAAAAGUUUGAUCUCUAGAUAAUUAGCAGUGACUGGAAGAGGACAAAAUACACACAUGCAACCAAACUCAAAGAGAUCUAAGGGUGACCCAGAAAGUAUAAAGCUAGAAUGGGCAGCUUUAAUUGUGCUGGUUAUCAUAUAAGGCUGAAAAAUAAAUUUAAUAGAACUACAAUAUGCUUAGCUCGGGCACUUUCUCAUAGCAGGAUAUUUGUGGGUGGGGUGGAUUUAAUGUCAAGGACGUUGUUAUGGAAAGAAUGAGGAGUAGGGGUUUUUUGUGUAGUCAGUUAAGGAUAUUUAGCAAAGGGAAAAAAGGGACAAAGACUGAAAGGUUUUUAGCAGGGGCAAUUAGAAUAAGAUCUAUUAUUUGAUUAUUGAUGCAAACCUCCAAAAUGUAUUUUGCAUAGUUAAGUUUUUACCUCUAUCUUCAGUACAUUUAUUUUAUUUUAUUUUAUUGCUAUGGCUAGUGGCUGAAGAUUCUUCUGAUUCUGAAAGGGACAAAGAUAUGUCUGAAUCUUCCCAUUUCAUUAUAUGUGUAGCUCUUCGUUGUGGCAGUUUUCUGCAACUCUGGUGCAAGUACCCCCUGUUACCUUUUUCUUUUAAGAUUGCACCAACAACACACUAAAAAAAUCCCAUAAAUUGUGGUCCACUGAGAUACAACAGCUUGCUUUGCAAGAAAUGUCAGCAGUUAAAUUUAACAGACGUAGCAUAUUUGGAUGAGUAGUUUUUAACUCAGCCUGUUUUAUAAAUGCAACUCAUCUUUAGUCAUUGGUAGUUCUCCCCCAAACAUUGUGUGGAUACACAAAAUAAAUAAACGUUAAUGAUGCCAAGGAAAUAUUUUUAAACAGCUUGGAAUUGGAAAAUGUGUCCACUAGAAACAGCUGACAUUCAAUAUCCAGAAACCAUGUUUGUUUUUAAAGUACUGUAAUAUUUUGUGAUUACUGUUUUUCCCACGUGUUAUAAUAUUGACAUUUUUGUUAAUCCACACCCCUUCCCAAUGUAGAACAGUUGUUUGCAUAGUAUACAGUAGUUCAAGUGGACAUUGUCACAGUCAUUGUACUCAGAGCAUAUAUGUACAGCACAGCAAAGAUACAUAUACUUUUUUUGGUUAAUCAAGUAGUGUAUUUGGAUAGUGACCAUGACCUUUUAGAAUUCCUUGUUUGUUUUCACUUAAAUUAUCACCACUGAUAACAUUUUUAAAAAGGAAGCAGACCUUCUAACGUUCCAUUUUGUAGGUGCUUUGGGUAUUCCGAACUUGCCAUUAUUUCCUGUUUCCUUCCCUUGGAGAGAGGGCUUUUGAUGUUUACCUUGAUGCAUUCUCCGGUUACUCAAAUAAUCUAGCUUCACUGGGUGUGACUGUGUGCGCAUGAAGUGGGAGAGAGAUUGAUAUCAACAGUGGAAAAGAGUUCAGUCGGUCUGAAUUUUGGAGGAAAUGGAAACCUAAUUUUGAGAUACAUCAGUAGUGUGGCAUCAGGGGUCAUAACUGACAGCCCCCCGCCAGGCUAUAUGAAUCCAUACAAUGUUUUAAUCCAUAUUCCAUGCAUUAUUGUGGUAUUCAACCUGUCCCCUGUGUUUAAUUUUAGUAUUUCGGCAUAUAAUGUCAUUAGCAUCAGUCUCAAAAGUGGAGGAAAGGGGAAUGAAACAUUGCAUUUCCAAAACAUGGAGGAUCAGCUUUAAGGUCAGCACAAUGAAAAUGUGCAUUUAGUGCCACAAUCUUCACGUUUGCAUGGUCAAAUCUUUGCUUAAUCAGUCAAGAUAUGCACAAGCUUCAGACAAGCCAGGAAAUUGCAGUUAACAUUGUAGCUUCCUUUUGCAUCCAAACAGGGAAGCUAUGAGUAAUGGCUUCCAAGCAGGCCAGAAUCUUGAAACCAAAUUUAAAACCAUGGCUUAAUAUAUUCUGGAUUGUUGAGAAGCCAUUCAUCACAGUUUCUCAGUUUGGGGUGUAACAGGAAGCUAUGGUUACCUGCAGUUUCCUGGGUUUUUCACUUGCUUGCAGAAACUGGUUAUGUGUGGAUGUCUGAAGCUGAUGCGUAUCUGUUUAUUAAGCAGUGCAUUUGACCAGGUGAACGGGAUCUUUAUGUACACUACUUUUAUCUGUCUCUAUAUCUACACACAACCUUCAGAAGGUUUUACCAAAAAAAGAGUUGCUGACCUAGUUCCAGCAGGGCCUAUGUUUGCAUGUAGGCUUGACUGGGAUCCCGAGAAAGUUGUAUAUGUAUUGUUGGGUGGGUGGGCUUGCGAUGGCAGACUUUUUAUGGAAGACCCCCUGACCUCUAAAAUCAGGGAGCUGAAAACCUUCUGACCUCCCUACCACCCCCUGCAACACCUUGCACAUACUGGAAUCUAUUUGAUUCCAGCAAGGGGGGUAGGAGUUUAAAUCAGCAAACGCUUCAUCACCAUAAAUGGUUUGGAGUGCUGCAAUAAAUAUUGUGCUGAUUGACAUGGAUUUACAUGAGUCUAGUAGACGACCGAAAAACAAACCUACAAAUCCAUUUUAUUUUUAAUUUAAUUGUGUUGCUCUUUUAGCAAUAUGUGGCAAAGCCAUUUGCAUGAAUUUUCCAUGUCUGUGUGAAUACCUUCAUUAAUGCACCUAGCCUUAAGAAAUGGUAUCUACACACUUUUGUAUCUGUUCAGGGUGCACUUACAACUAUCACAACUUCUCCAGCAAAGCUGUAGUUUUCCGUGAUCCUUCAUAUGUUUAAAUCCUGGAACAGCUUCGUUAGGUUCACUAAUUACUUGGCAAUCUCUCUCUUUCUUUUUAGGGGAGAAAUUGAAACACCAUUAUAUAGUGGGUGGACUGAAUCCCCUGUAUUUGUUUUUGAACCACAGUUCACCACACAAUUACUAUAGUUUAAUGGUUUGACUGUACGUCACUUACACUGUUCAGACUUGCAUCUUAACAGGACUUGUACAGUCUUAACAGGCUUACUCAUCUGGCUGUCCUCUCGUCUGCAAAGUUAGAAGUUCAGUGUUCUGGUUAAAGUAAUGACAAAUUAUGUAAUAACAGCUGUUGGAAUGUCACAGGAACAGUGAUUACGACUAACCUUGGUGCAUUUACAGGUUUUAGGUCCUGCUCCAAAAUGGUGCUCGUUUCUUGAUAACUUGACAGAAGAGCUGGAGGAAAACCCAGAGACAACUGUAUAUGAUGACUACAAGUUCGUAACAAGAAAAGACCUUGACAAUUUAGGUACAGUAUUGCUGCCUUGAAAGAUGCAAGAAUUUCUUUAUUCUUUCUUGUUCUUUUUCAUUAAUUUUGCUCUCAGUUACUCAUUUUGUUUACAUGCUGCUAUAGUUGCUGCCUCCUGCUGCUGAGAGAGGGAGCAGUGAUGGUUUGCCUGUCCUAGCCCAUCUCUUUUUGACAUGAUGGAGUUGUGGGUACAACACAUGACUCCUUGUCUUUUUCCUUUUGUCUACAAAGCCUACAUCAAGCUAGCAAGAAAUUUUACAUGACAGUUUGCAGCUUUUCACCUGGCAACGUAUAUUAAGUGUACAUUUCCUUCCCAUGUUGGAAAAGCAACCCAUUCAAAGGGGUCCUUUCACACAUGGCAUACUCCCAAUAAUGUUGUUGGAGAAAUGGACGAACCUUUGUAUGCAGCGAAGGUGUAAAUACAUUCCAAUAUGUCUGUCUAGUGUUCUGAACAUGUCUGAAGGCUAUAAACUAGGAACUUUCAAAAUUUUUGCAAAUGGUUAUGUACAACCAUCCCCAAGAAAAUUACAACCCCAAUUUUAUUUUACUUAAAAAAAAAAAACCUUCUGUGAUGUAGCCAAAAUAUUUCCUGAUACAUUAAUAUUUUCUGUCUGUGUCUCUUUCUCUCUCUCUCUUCCCCCCACCCCUCUCCACCUCAGGGCUGGCUCAUCUGAUUGGAUCGCCACUUCUCCGAGCAUAUAUGCAUGGCUUUUUCAUGGACAUACGACUGUAUCACAAGGUGAACUGGGCAAAAUAAGGCUGCUUAGAAACAGGGCAUCUUAUGAGUUCUUUCCUUUUCUCCACUUAACUAUUUUGUGUUUGCAGGUAAAAAUGAUGGUGAAUCCUUUUGCCUAUGAGGAAUACAGAAGAGAGAAAAUUAGGCAGAAGAUUGAAGAAACGCGGGCACAAAGAGUGCAACUAAAGGUAAAGGUGCAGUUUUAACUGUUCAAGGAAGUUUCCAUAAACAGUCCAUUAUGGAGUGAUGGAGAAGCUACCCUAACAUUCCUGUACAUUUGUGAUGCCCUGAGACACACUGGGUGAUAUUUAGUGUUCCACGGACCCCUUUCCUCUCCCUGCCAUGCACAUUCACAUAUCUCCUCUGGGAAGGGUCCCCAAACCCUCCAGAGCAGCUUUGGAGGGGGAAGAAGAAGAAAGGAGGUUACUAUUGCCCAAGCAGAAAUCUUUCACCUUGGUGGGAGGAUGCUGUUGGAUGUCACAUGUGAUCAACACCCUCUCAGAUCUUGUCAGAAUAUGUAACUCUAAUCAAGUGAGGAGAAAUAUCCACAGUAAAUACUUGCAAAGCAUCUAAAGACAGCAAAGCAUCUAAUUUAAAAGAGGUUCGAUUUCUGACAGCCAUUACAACUAACAGAUGAAGCUGCUUACAGAUGAAGCUGCUUAAGUGUGCAUUAAUAAAAUGCAUUACUAAAAUUAAAAGCCCCUGGCAGCACAGAGUGUAGGGGGGAACAGGUUGAAGGUGGUACCAACUUAAGCAAUGCUUACUAAACUCAAAAGUCUAAAUACAUGGUAAAAACAGAUUGUAAAUUGAUGAAAGAAUCAAGCUGCAAAGGAGUAUGGGUGUUUCUUUCUGGAGGAAUGGAAGGGGAGAGUAGCUGUUUGACAAUAGCCUUAUAAGACUGCCAAGAAGAUUUUCACACCCUUGCUCCUGCAGCCAGCAACAAAAAGGGCAACGGGGACAUGGAAGGCAGUGCCAGUAUUUGGGCACCGUAAAGUCUUAAGGGUAAUGAGACAGCAGUGGAAGCAGAGCAGAGUAUGCUGAAACAAACCAUGGCUGCAGAAUGUCCUUUGGCUUAAAUGCAGUUUGUUCAGUAGCCCAUAGUUUUAACAUUUCUUUCAUUCGCUAGAAACUGCCCAAGGUUAAUAAAGAGCUUGCACUGAAGUUGAUCGAGGAAGGAGAAGAGCCACAAAAUGCAAGAAAAAAGAAGCAAAAGGUAAGAGGAUAUCCUUCCCUGUUUCUGCCAUUGCUUUUGUACGGCAAUAGUAAAAUGGGAGGGGCCUUCAGAUAUUAAGACAUGCCAAAUUGAAUCAUUGCUUCUGUUUUCAGGGUAAGCGUGUUUCUGUAUGCAGUUGGGUGGGGAGCUGUAGAGCCAUGACAGAGAAUGUCCCUUGCAGGGAUUGCCCCUGGUUCAAACUCUGGUUAAAGGGUCAGGUAUAAGGUCACUUCAUAUGCUCACUUGACUUGGCGGAACAUAACGUGUUUGCAGUUAAUCAGCACUUGAAUAGUACUAAUAGGUUACUAUAUUUCUAAUCUGAGCCUGUUAUUAAGCAUAUUACCAUUGAGCUAAGGCAAAAUUUUGUAUAAUUGAGGAAAUUAUCAAGAGUACCAAGAGCAUCCCGCUAUGCAGAAGUUGAUGUGGAGUUAAUAUUGUGAUAAAAGUUAACUCAAAUUGUCAUGCAUGAUAGCUUGAGUUUGCUUUCAUCGCUAUUAACUCCAACCCAACUUCUCUGCAGAGGAAAGUCAAAACCUAGGCAGCAUGACUGUGAUAGGCAGGGUGGGAGUGGGUGGGAGAAGCAACAGCUUUUAUCACAUAAGCAUUACGUCCUUGGCUGGUCUGACAUUUUAAACUUGGCCUUUACAGCUUUCUCACUUUAAAUGUAAAAUAAAUUAUAGCGUCAGCACCUGACUGUUUCCCCGAUGGGCCAUAAAGCAGCUGGCCUUAGUAAUAUUCCUCUUAGUUGUUCUUUCUGCAUAUUUUUAGACCUACCAUUGCUGCUCAAAGAAUUUUCCUUUCUGGGCAGCUGUACAAACAUGCUGUUGGACCAGAUCGAUUCCCAGGUGUUAGUACUUUUCCAACGGCAGCAGUCAAAUGGCAUUUUCCUAACUAAUAAAAAAUGAGCAUUUGUUACUAGGCUACCCAUUAAAGCGUCAUAAUCUUAAUUAAAAAUAUAGCUCACUUUAAAGAUAAAGCUGCCACGCUUGCUGAAGUUUGUAAGUGAGACAUUCCAGCUGCCCAAGUUUUCCCAUACUGGGCUUCCUUAAUUUAAUGGUGUCUGUGACUAAAAGAUUUGGUUCCAAACUUUCCAGUAAUGUCUGUUUAAUGGUUCAUACAGACAUGUUGCCAAGCACCAGGUGGGCAUCGACUUCCAUCCUUUUCAUGUUCCUCAAAAAAGUCUGUGCAGGCUGCCAACACCAUGUCUACCUGAUAUGUUCUACAUAGCUAUUCUUCUUCCUGCUGUAGAUUUUUCAAAUGUCAUUUUGUUUUGAAAUAUUUAAGAUGAGCUAUGCAGAAAUGCACAUAUGCAGAAACAGGCAUGGAUACAUGUGUGUUUGACAGGUACAUGAAGAGUUACAAUAGACAACCUUUGUGGGGCAGAUGUAUUUUCCAUUCCAUGUGUUGGUUGCCAUCCUAUUUUAGUAGCUUGUGAUCAUAUCAUAAGCAAGUCUGGAAAAUUUUGAUUUCACAUUUCUAGACAACAGCUUAAAAUAGUUAGACAUCCAAAAUAUUUCCUACCCUUCCCAUGACUUGGCUCUGUGGUAGGUGAAAAGUAUUUAGAUGCUGUUGGUGAGUCAUCCUUGGUCACAUUUUGUGUCCAUCCAAUGUUUUUAAACUUUUUUUGGGUAUUUUAACUUCAAUAGUUAUGUCCAGUAUAUGAAACAUGUGCUAUAUGCAAUAUGAAGUUCAGUGUGUGGUGUCCAGUGUUGCUCAUUGAAUGACAAAGGAAUCUCUUGGCAGAAUGGCAAUUUUAAUUAUUCCCCUUCCCCUUCUGGUGAAGAAAAUAUAGCCUUUAUUUCACAGAAGGCCUUCUUGCUUUGUGAAACCUGACGAAAAACCAGGUUUGUUAGAACAUUGUAAGUUUUAUAACCAGCUCUUGACUUUGUUAUUGUUCUGUUUCCUUAUAGAAAAUGCCUAGCAUUCUUAAUGACGAUCGCUUCAAAGUCAUGUUUGAGAACCCAGAUUUCCAGGUGGAUGAGAAGAGUGAAGAGUUCAGACUGCUUAAUCCACUUGUUUCCAAAAUAAGUGAGAAAAGGAAACAGAAAUUAAAGAUCUUGGAGCACCAAGAAACCCUGGGAGAGGUAAAUCUGUGAGGUUUUAGGAUUUGCCUUCUGUUCUUUAACAUACAUUUGCAAGAAUGUGAACACCAUCCAAUCACAUUGUGGGCUCAGUGCCCUUAUACAGAGGAUUCCCAAUAGGACUCCGUAUAGCCUUAUUUUCUCAACCUAACCCUGCCUUAAGGAACACAUCCAGGCAAUCCAACAAGGGGAGUAUUUGCCUCCCUCACAUAACAUGUGAGGAAUGUUCCAUAGUUAUACUCUGAGCACAGAUAACAUGCAAGGCACAGAUAUGAGAGGCACUGCAUUUGGGGUGCAAGUCAGCCCUGCUUUAAAAUGUCUAUGAGCAUGCAAGAAUAUUUAUACAUACUAAAAACUCUGUGCUUCAAUAAAUUAUGGAUGAUGAGCUUGAACUAGCUUGGAUCACCCAAACCUGGGUGGAUGAGUUAGGUGGAGUUGAUCUUUCAGUUGUGUUCACCUGGAUGCUCCAUUCAGUACCAGGAUAAGCUUAGGAGGUGGUGUUUCUGUCAUGUAUAAGAAUCCCUUCUCCCUCUCCAGAUUUCCUGUUGAGAUGGGUCACAGUCUCCACUCUGUGUGUGGUAUGUUGGGCAAUUGGGCCCGCUAAGAGAUUCUGCCUUUCUCAGCCUGAAGUGAUAGAGGUUAUCUCUGAUUUGAUGUUUAGGACCGCAGGGUGUUGGUCCUGAAAGACCUCAGCAUUCAUGCCAAGGCUACCUUGACAGAGCAGGCUGAGGACUCUGGAAGCUGGCCCAACAUUUUGUUGACCUAAUCUCUAUGUAGCAGGACCAACUCUUGAUUUGUUUUUCUCAAUAUGCAUGAGAAUGAUGGUCAAGCUGGGGAUUUUACUCCAACUCUUUUUUCAUGUUUGGAUUACUUCUAUCUGGUCUUGUGUCUUUAAAUAAAUUCCAGCUUUUGAGGCCUGAGGAUGUGGACAAAUAUGCUUGACCAAGUGUUGCCCACUUUGUGGCUACCUGUCCUUCUUGGGCUCGUUGCAGUGAGCAGGGAGGGGUUGACCAGCUGGGUCCAGGAAGUGUUCAGUGUCUCCUUGAGCAAGGGAGCAGUUCCAUUUAAUUUAAAAGAGGCAGUGGUUCAUUUGUUCCUGAAGAAGCCUACUCUGGACUCAGAAGAUCUUAAUUAUUACCAGCUGGUUGCCAGUGUCCCUUUCCUCUUAUAAGCAGACAAAUAGGUAGUUGUGUAACUGUGAUCUAAGUGGUUUUGUAACCCAGUAGUAAUGGUUGUUGUUGUGAGAUGUUCAAAUGGGGCCAGGCUAAAUCACAUGCUACGGGUGUGGGGGUGAGACUGGGGGUGGGAUCAGUGAAUAUUAGACAAAAAGAGAUUUUGUUGCUGUGUGUUCCUCUCUUCUAUGAAGAUUGCAUCCAAAUUGUUAAAUUUAUUCUGCUCCUUAUCUUUCUGAGAGUUGUAUAUAUCCGAUCUAGAACUGUUUAUUUAAUAACGUAUCAACAUCAAUAGUUUUAUGAAGAACACUGUUGCAAAUGCAUUCUGUUUCCUUGUGUUCCAUGCCAUUUAACCACCCCGACCCCCACCGUUAGAAUUAUAGCCCUCUCCAAAUAGUGCAUCUGUAGAGUGUCACGUACUCUAAUUGGAUAAAUUGUUCUUCUAAGGAACAUUAACUAGUGUGUUGUGGGGAGGGGUGGCUUGUUGCUGUUUUUCUUCUUCUUCUUUUUUUAAAGUAGUUAUUUUUGUCUGCAGGAAGAAGAGGAAGAACCAGAAGGAAAACCAAGUGAUGCAGAAAGUUCUGAGACUUCAGAUGAUGAAAAAGGUUGGGUUGAAGAGGUCAGGAAACAGCGCAGACUUCUACGCCAAGAGGAAAAAUUAAAACACCAGAAGUGGUUCAAGGAGGAUCAGCAAACAGUCCUGGAACCUAAGUUCUUUGAGAUUAAAGCUGGAGAAGAGUUUAGAAGUUUCAAGGACACCGCCAAAAGGCAAAAGUUAAUGAAGUAAGGCUAACACCUCUGUUUCAUUCACCGGGCUUGCAGUUAAUUCCACCCCCUCCCCUUGAAUUGUGUUUGAGAGGCUCAUUUGGAUGUUGCACUGAUUUCUUCUGGGGAUGGUUGUUUCUACAGCCAGACAUGGUGCUGGGGAAGGAUCAAAGGAGGUGCCCCUCUUGGACACACACCAGUCCACUGUCUAAAAAUACAACAUAGGGCUACACUCAGAGAGACUCAGCAGUGUGUGGUAUAAUUGUGCAUGGAUUGCAGCCCCUUAAACCCUAAUUUGCACCCAUGCUGAUUGGUCACAAGACCAGUUUCCAGCUAGCUGUCAGCCUGUCUGAACCAGUCUAAAGAACAUCUCCAAACUUUGCUGCAUCCCUUGCCUCAUUAACCAACUUCAUAUUGUUCUGUUUAUAAUUGGCAAUCAAAUUUUUGCAACCCAUAUCCAAAUUUUUGCAAGAACUGGUGGCUAAUUUAAUUUCUCUACACCAGAAGCUUACUAGUGUUGCCCCCUCCCCCCAAAAAAAAUAACCCUUGGAGAUUAGAAUUGCUUAUACAUUUGUUAGAACAGGGCUUGACCUUUAGUCUUUCACCUCAUGGGCUUGGUAGUGUUUUUUUUCCCUUUGUUGUUAAGAUAAGUACAUUUUGAGACUCCCCAUUUUCACUCUUGGUUUCGUCUACUGCAGGAACUUGCUGUUAGCAUUAAACAAUAGUUCUUAGUGAAGUUUGUCCUGAAGAAAGUUCAGUAGAUUUAAUUAUUUAUAUUGCAGUAUAAUCAUUAUUAACAGAAGUGUGUGUGUGUGUGUGUGUGUGUGUGUGUGUGUGUGUGUGUACCCCCAACUUAUUACCUAUGAUUGUAAUAUCUUACAUUACUCUGUUUCAUAUUAUCAUAAUAGCACCUUUGAUCAACCUAAGAAUUGUAUCUUUUAAGUGAAAGGAUUUUAUUAGUAUUCUUCAGGUCACCUGCAUGUUUUGAGGGAAACAGGUUUAGGCUGUUCUAGAAAACAGCUUCUGAAUAUGGUUGCUUUAAAUAGCAAAGAUACAAUAGGGAAUAUCGCGGUUACUGUAGUUAUAGAAUUAAUUGCUGCAAGGUGUAAUGGUGAGUAUUAGCUUGGGGAUUAGACAAAUUCACGGCAAAACAGAUCUCUCAGUGCCUGUUAGCCAUGGUACUCAAGAACAGAACCACCAUAUACAGUUUUCCUGUAAUUACAAACUCUGGGAGCAAACACACCCUGCUUGGGAACAUCCCAGGAGGCAUCUAGCUGGUCACUGAUGGUGACAGAAUGCUGAACUUAGAUGGGCCUUUCCUUCUCUCUCUCUCUCCCCCCCCCCAGAAAAGUGAUACUUAUUCUAGCCAAAUAAUUACCUGAAAAACUAGAUGAUAAUUAGGUGGUCUGCUGUCCAUGAAACCUGUCACACAGAAAGAAGAAUUUCUGGUUACUCAUAAUUCCAGGAUUCACAAGAGGGCUAUACUUUUAUUAGACCAACCGUAAUGUCACAAAAUAGUGAGAACGCUUUCAAGUUCUAGAACUCUUCAUCAAAUUGGCUAUUAAGGGAAGUAGAAAAACUGGCUUGGUGUUAGAAACCAUUAAAGUCUGCAUUUUAGUAUCAGUCUUAAGGCAUUGCUAGGAGCUGUGCAGGUUUCCAGUUACAUCUAGGGACAUUGGGAUGAAGAAAUACACAAUGGCUGAUUCCUCAUUCUAAAAACAUAUAACAUCUAGAAAGUGUUCUAUAUCUGUCUCAAAAGUUAAGCAAAACACACAGGUUUCUUGUGGCUGAGAACCAGUAAGAAAGAGAAACAUAGCAAUUUUUAUACAGUGGUACCUCAGGUUAAGUACUUAAUUCGUUCCGGAGGUCCGUUCUUAACCUGAAACUGUUCUUAACCUGAAGCACCACUGUAGCUAGUGGGGCCUCCCGCUGCUGCCACGUCACCGGAGCACAAUUUCUGUUCUCAUCCUGAAGCAAAGUUCUUAACCCGAGGUACUAUUUCUGGGUUAGCGGAGUCUGUAACCUGAAGGGUAUAUAACCUGAAGCGUAUGUAACCCGAGGUACCACUGUAUUGGCAAAACUGGAGAUUAAUUUCAUGUGGUCUACUUAGGUUUUUUAAAAAGUCAGUGGAAGCCAAAUGAGAACACUUUUACCUAGCGACUGCAUGGAAUGUCCCUUCAGAGAGUAAAGUCCUAUCUUCAGGUGUAUAAAAUCAUGCUACUCCAGCUGAGGAUGACACUCUUGAAUGGCAAAAUGUGGUAUUCUUCAAGAUACCUAGUAGAUGCCAGAUAUAUAUCUCUAUUUAUUUUUUCUUUUCGUUAGAGCAUAUGUAAUGUAACUUCCUCAAUCUCUGAGAAGGGCCACCAUAUUAGUUUGCUGUAGCAAAAAUAACAAAAGUCCUGUAACUAAUUUAAUGUAUUGUGGCAUAAAGUUUCACAUCUUAUGAAGUAGACUCUGAUCCAGAAAAGCUUAUGACACAAUUAAUUUGUUAAGGUGCUAACAGGGCUCAGUCCCCACCCCACCCCGAAUCUUGACUGUCUUAAUGUCUCCCCAAUCCACCUAAUGGCUAGACAUUUUGCUUUUUAUUAUGGCAUUUUGAAGAGAUUUAUGACUCUUUUAUAUAAGACUGGGUGUUGCUUUAUCAUAUUCCUGACUCAGUGUUGCUCCAAGCUUUUAUUAAUACUGUAUUAAGUUCUUCCUUAACAACACACACAGACUGAACAAUAAACAGUGGUGUGGAGGGGAGAAGACGAGGGGAAGGUGGAACUGGCAAAGUAUCCAGUAUUCCAGCAGUUUGCAAAACUAUUGCCCUUACUAAGCAAAGUGCUCAAGAGGUUGGUGGUUAGCCAACUUCAGAUGCUCGUAGAGAAGACAGAUUAUCUACACACAGCCUGGCUUUAGACUCCAUUUUGAAACUGAAUUCGCCUUGGUCGCCCUGGCAAAUGGCUUCCUUCAGGAGCGAAAUUGGGAGAUGUAAUCCUGUCAAAUCUCUUGGACUUCUCAGUACCUUUUGAGACCAUCAGCCACAAUAUCUUACUGAAUUGGCUCUGUGGGUGAAGAGUAUGUGUCACAGCGUUACUGUGGUUCCUCUGCUUUCAGAUAUCAGCAUGGGGGUGUUCUUGGUGAUUCUUGGAUCUAGGUAUUGUGUAGAUGGCCAGCUCUUGAUAGGGUUGCAUUCAUCUGGAGAAACAGGAAUGUACAUAUUCUAGGGGUAUUCCUAGAUUAAACUUUGUAUCUGGAUUUGGAAAUGCAGGAUUGCAGUGUCUUAGCUUCUUGUAGCCUAUAAAUUACAUGUGAGAGCCCCUGUUAAAAGAUUUGUGGAAAAAUUGCUUAGUGCUAAUGUAUCCUCUUAUUUGAGGUACAAAUGUUGGUAUAUAAACUACGCUUCAGGCUGCUUCGCUUGCUUUUUUUGCUUUCACCUAAAAUUUGCUUUCUGUUUUGUCCAAACAGAAAAGAGAUUUCUUUUAUGUGGCAUAUAAAAGAUUAGAAGUGUGGUUAUUUAGAGCUCUGGGGUUUUUAAAGCAUAUUUUGUAGACUGUUUUGCAUAUAAUAGUUCUGCUGGAGCACCUAUGCAUUCUGUAAAAAUGGAUCUUAAACAUACAGUGUGUGUGGAGCAUACAAAUCUCAUGUUUGUAUGUGUGUAAUAUUUGGGAAAAUAAGAAUGAAAUUUUCAGAAAAAAAUGUUUAGUGAUCAUACUUGGAAUAGCAGGAUACCUCUGCACACAGAGGUAACUAUUUCCCCCCCUCUAUGUACUUUUAAUAUGCUGACUAGAAAUACUAAGAAUCUGACUUUACCCCCUCUUGUAUCUCCUGCAGAAAAACACUCGGAGAUCGUUUGCAGCUUGAAGAGAGAGUUGGUGCACUUAGCGUACAUGACACCACAGUAGGAAGUAAACAAGUUACCUUUAAAUUAAAAAAGGUAAGCUUAAAGUCUUAAUGGUGCACAUUAAUGCGGUGUUAAUUGCAAUGCAAUAGAAGGGCUAAGUCAGCCUUCUGGUACAACUUGGUUUGUUUCAAGGGCUGGGCUGUGUGUGCGUUGUGCAACUUCAGCAGAUUUGCAUACCUCUACUUGCUUUAUAUAAUUUAUUUCGUUGCUCCUGGCUGUGGGUAGGAGCAGUGAGAUAGGCAAGCUGCUGAAUCUCUGUAAGCUGCUGGAGGACUCUCCUAGGAAGCUAGGAAUUCUAUUCAGUCAUUUAUAUGGGAUGGUGAGGGGUGGUUGGUUUGAACCCAGCACAGCUCUAGCACAAACUGAAGGCACAAGUUGGGGGCGGAAGAAUGUUCCGCCCAGCAUCAAAUAUUUUUCUAGUGGUAUCCCCAACCUACUGAUGACUACACACUGGUGGUGAGAAGGAAAUUGGGAACAAAUGGAAACACGGGUGUCUUUAAACAAAGUGCCUUGCAGUAUAAUCUUGUACAUGUCUACUCAGUUCUAUAAGGCUUACUCCCAAAUAAGGGGGCACAGGAUUGCACCCUUAAUUGAGCUUGUUCUAUCUAUCUCUAUCUAUCUAUCUAUCUAUCUAUCUAUCUAUCUAUCUAUCAUCUAUCUAUCUAUCAUCUAUCUAUCUAUCUAUUUAUCUACCUAUCUAUCUAUGGUUGUUUUUAUUAGAUUUCCCCCCAAAUGCUCUUUCUUUCUUUCUUUCUUUCUUUCUUUCUUAAAAAUCAGAACAAACAAGGGGUACACAGGAUUAAAUAUAAUUAAAUGUGCUUGUACAUGAAACUAGAAGAUAAAGUUAAUAGCUUGCUGAUACACCCAAGACAACACGGCAGUAAUAAUUCUUGGGUGACCACUUAGUAAAUUGUGGCUUUUUUGGAUUUGACUAGAAUAAAGUAAUAUUUUCUCCAUCUCUCUUGGUACAUCAGUAUGGUUUGGAAGUGCAGUAUUCACGUGGGUAUUUUCUGCAUUGUUUUCAGUCAGAGCAACAGAAAAAGCAGCAGGAAGCAGAGAAACACCAUCAUCAAGAAAGACGAAAACUCAGGCGUUCAGCUGGCCAUCUCAAAAGUAAAAGAGGAAGAGGGCGGCCCUUCCAUUAA